GCCUUCCCUCGUGCGCGUGCGCGGAACUGCAGGCUGAGGCGCCGACGGCUUCCGGGUUGUGUUGGCUGCCGAGCUCGCGAGCCAGCUCAGGCCGGGCGCAGGGGGGCGGGGGCGGCUGUCGCUUUUAGAGAAAAGGGUGGUCGUGGGCCGAGGGGAGAGAGCCCGCUUGGCGCCAACAUGGCCUGCGCGCUCGUGCCUUUCUGCAGCUUCCAGGACCUGGAGUCGGCGCGGGAUUUCCUGUGUUCGCACCUUCGCCAGGGGGGCGUCGGCGGUGGCGGUGGUGUAGCGGGGGGCGCCAAGGAAAGCGGCGGAGGUGAGUGAGGGGACCGAGAGGGUGCUGGAAAGAAUGCACUUCAGCAGCUCUACCGGUGCUGCAGCUGCCUGCUGUCCUCCUGUCAGUCAUCGCUCAACUUUUCCCUUAUUGGACGACGGGACACCAAAAGGCAGAGGAUGGCGGGGCGAGGGGUCGUCGCCCCAUGCCCAAGGCACCUUUCACCACUCUGGUUUUUUUGGGUUUUUUUCUUCCUCCCGUGGGCAAGGCCCAGGGACCCAGAUCCUUCUGUGACGUUUACUUAGAAGUAGAUCCCUUUAAGUAGAGCUCCUUCCGAUGCUAAUUGAAAGCCUUCUGCUUGCAGAUCCUGGUACAGCUUCAUGUUUCUCUGCUCUGUGUGUGUCCGUGAGAAGGGAAUGACAGAUGGGCUGUUUAUGGCAGCCUUGCCUUUACACACUAGCCUUGUAGCCGGAGGCGAGUGGAGUAGUUCAGGGAAGGAGUGAUGGCAUGCUCUUGUCUCUCCACUGUUCCUAGCAUAGAAAUACAGCAGGCUGCUGUAGGAGAGGAGUUAUUUCUCUUCUUGUGCCAGCCGCUGGUACACAAGUAAUAUUACUUUGCAGGCAAGUAAAUUUUUUUUUUUAAACCAACUUAUUUACAAGGCUGACUUGUGGCACCUGUGAGUGCUGUAAGUAACGUGUGUGUGUUACCUGUACUCUAUUUCUACAGAGGGGACUAGGUGGGAUCCUUUGCUCUGUGGUCUUACUGACUUGAAGUCCAUGGGCUGUGGACUGACGAUUCACUAGUUGGAUUGACUUUUUGGGUGUGGUGGUGGUGGGUCAUCACUCUGAACCAAAGUAAAAGUUAUGGCAGAGUGGUUUCUCCAUGUAACUUCUGAAUGAUUUGGGGAUUCCUGCUGGAUUCUGCUAACAAUGUCAUAAGUCAAGUUUUGUGAAUAAACUAGCCCAGGAGUAACUUGCCUUCAUUUGUGAUUGUCAAAGAUGAUGAUGUCUGCUUAUCCUGUGAAGGCCAAAUGCUAAACGGAUAUGUUAUGUGUUCUUGCAUUAUAUUCCACAUACCUAACUUGGACCUUAUGUUUUAAUAUCCCUUUCAUGAGGUUUUGUUUUGUUUUGUUUUUUUAAAGUGCAGAAUAUUAGUGCAGCAAAGCAGUUAUAUUGGUACAAACAGCAGAAGAUCUAGCAAAAUGUGUCCGUUUCAGAUUCAGAGGGCUCACAAGACACAAUCUUACUUUUGCAAUAACAAAACAAAAUGGUACAAUCCAUGCACGCUUACUUGGAGGAAAGUUCUGCUGAAUUCAGUGAGGCUGUUUCUUGCAUAUGUGUGUUUUAGGAUUGUAGCUUUACUGUACAUAGAAAACUAGAUGUUGGGGGAAGGGUGCUCCUCCUAGCUUCUUUUUGACAUACCAGUAUUAUUUCUCUGAAUGCUGGGGAUUUUUGUGGGAUGAGCAUUUAAUCAUGUGCACCCAUUUACAAUCUGAAGUUAACUGUAAAUGUCUGUUGCCUUUAUAAAAACAUACCAUAGUAAGGUAAUUGUUCUUUUCUUAAAAGAAGGGGUGAAGUUUUAGCAAAAUCUGAUGUAAUUCUGUUUGUUUAUCAAAAUUAAUACACUGUACUGCUUGUUUGUAAAUAGAACCUUUAAGUGAUUUACUAAGCAUUUUGUUAACUCUUGUUGUGGCAAUUGACUUUUCUUGAAAGACACUUUGCCUUUCAUCAUGGCUUGUAAAAAAGAUAAAUUGUUUUACAACAAAAACUCAAAAUUACUGAGUCUGUCACUGAAGUUUGGGCUCAGUGGCGUUUACUAUCCAAAAUAGUCCCUUUCUCCUCUUGUCACUUGUAUUCGCUAUCAGUGUAAUAGCCUUUUGAUUGAAUUGAUUCAGCUAUGUGCUUUAUGGAAUAAAAAUAUCUGUCCUAUAGGCAUGAGGAUUUUCAUGGACGUACAGAGUAGGCAAAAUAUAUUCUCAUUGCUGCUGUCCACCCCCCCCCCCCCCCGAUAUUGAGAACUCAGCAGACCCACUCUGUCCUUAUUUCUUGUGGCUUUCAGAGGAGACCUGGAAGUGCCAUUCUUUAAGGUAGCUCCUGAGCAAAAAUGACCUUACAUAGCAUCUCCUGAGUCUACACAGCAUGGAAAAGUUUUCACUAAACAGUAUGCCAUCUGUGUUAGAAAUGUAGCCUGAAAAUUAUAUUCUUACCUGUCACACCUUUUUGGAAUAAGACAACAGGUGUCACAGUAUUUUCGUGUGUUCCAUUAACUGCGUUGCAUAAACUAUUUGUCUUAUUAAAGUGAGCCAUAGAUGUAAUUUACAGGGUAUGUUUUGAAUUUGGUACCUUGUGCAAUAGAAAUAAAGUAAUGCUUCUCUAUAAUGAGGAACAGCUUUGGCCCAGAGAAAUGAUUGUGAACAACAGAACCACAAUUAAUUUUUCAUAUUAUUUGUAUGUCACAGAAUCAGAACCAUUGAAUUGUAGAGUUGGAAGGGAGCACGAGGGUCAUCUAGUCCAACCCCCUGCUAUGCAGGAAAUCAAAGCCCCGGAAGAGUUUUCAUUAGCUUUUUAAGUGUGGCUUCCUUGUGCCAGAAGAGUUCUGCAAGAAUGUCCCUAAAUUUUGGGGUGUUGGCAAGACAGGAUAAUUAAGAUUUCCUGACAAUGUUGUGCUUAAUCUACAUUAUCCUUCAUAAUUCGUUAACUUUGUACAUUUAAAAAAUAUGAUGCCUGUGAAAUGUUAUAAAGAGCUUAUAAAUAAGAAGAGCUUUGGAACCUGAUCUGUGGUUACUUCAGAUUAUUUACUCCGCAUUUAUCUUGUGAACCUCCCUGAGAUCUUUUGAUGAAGGGUAGUGUUUAAAUCUAAUCAAUAAUAAUAAUUUUAAAAAAUAUUAUUUAGGGUUAUUACUGAUCUUUCGUGGGCUUUGACAGAGGGAAGCGUAUACAUGCCCUUUAAAAAUGUGUUGUGGGGGUUAUUGGGUUGGUUUUGUUUCUAUUUUGAUUAUGUAUUUAGUGUUUUUAUAUUGUGAUUUUAUCCUGUGAACCGCCCUGAAACCUGUGGGUUUAGGGCGGUAUAUAAAUUGAAUAACUACCCUGCCCCCACCGAUGCAUUCUGAACUAUUAAAAAUGAAAUUUAUGUACCUUGAGCUGUAGAUAAUUGCUAAUACGACUGACAAUGCAAUCCCAAACAAAUCUCACCUGGGAGUGUGACUUUCAUGCUUAGGAUAGCACAGAUAAUCUUCAAUGCUAAACACAACCAUAGUUCCAUGCAUAGGAUUCUCCUGCUUUUUGAUGUGACUAUGCUGUCUGAGUAGUGUCUUGUACCCAGGGAUUAAUUUUUUGCAUUUUCUUGCAUUUGCAACAAGCAUGAGCCUUGAUUUGAAAAGCUCCAAUAAACCUGCAUAUUUGUGUAAAUCACCUAUAGCCUAGAAGGAAAAUAGAACAAGAAGUGUUUUGAAGACUUUCUUGCCUGGUCAAGUAAAGGUAAUUGUUUCUUGCCAUGGACAAGUAGGUAACUAUUUCCAAGUGAGGAGUUAUGGUGGACUUAACUGGCAGAGGAAGUUCAGAUGUGCAGAGAUUGGAAUGGUUUGGGGAAGGUUUUUACUGGGGAAGAGAGUUGUCAGGAAUAGCUUACGAUGUCAGCAUGUGCUUAAAAUUUUCAGUUUGACCUGUCAUAAGAUUUAGAGCUGUAAUAAAGAGACACCAACAUAAUAAAAGCAACCAAGCUAUUAAAUUAACUGUUUAAUAUUUCUCAUUGUGCAGCAGACUCCAUGCUAAUUUUAAUAAAAACUUGGCUGUAUCGCUAAGAGGCUAUUAGUGUCAUGAUGCCACAGAAAAUCACCCCAGUUAAGAUUAUACCCGGGAUAAUUUGUGUAAUUGGAUUUUUCCAAAUACGUACUGCAUUUUAAAAAAGCAGUGCUUAAGAAUAAGGGCUUGUUUAAAUUUAACUUCCGUUGUUAUUCUCUUCGUUUUGGUGGAGUUUAGGUGACCCAAUUGGCUAUCACAAUGAGUUAAUUAAUGGUGGAUUUAUUGAAUGUGUAUUGAUUUAAAAUAAAAUCAUAGGGUGGAAUCCAGUUGGUGCCUUGCAUUUAUGGAAAGUAUUUCUGAUUCUGAAGACACUUCUGUUAAGAAGACACUUCUCCCAGUACGUUUCCGAGCACAAUUCAAAGUAUUGGUGUUGACCUUUAAAGCCCUAAACGGCCUCGGUCCUGUAUACCUGAAGGAGCGUUUCCACCCUCAUCGUUCAGGCCGGACACUGAGAUCCGGCGCCGAGGGCCUUCUGUCGGUUCCCUCAUUGUGAUAAGUGAGGUUGCAGUGAACCAGACAGAGGGCCUUCUCGGUAGUGGUGCCCGCAUCCUUCAGAUGUGAAGGAAAUAAGCAGCUAACCUAUCUUUAAAAGACAUCUGAAGACAUCCCUGUUUAGGGAAGUUUUUAAUAUUUAAUGCUGUAUUGUUUUUAACACUUGAUUGGGAGCUGCCCAGAGUGGCUGGGGAGACUCAGCCAGAUGGGCGGGGUAUAAAUAAUAAAUUAUUAUUAUUAUUAUUAUUAUUAUUAAGAUAAGAGGAGGAAAGAGUUUGUUCUUGUUCAUCCUUCUCCCGGCGGCCCUGGCCCCUUGACAUCUGCUCUGUUUCAGAGGGUUCCUCAACUCUCUGGAGCCACUCUUUGGUGCUGGAGCAGGAAGGAAAGGGGAAUUGGCAGACAUGUCCUCCCCUCUUCCAUCUGUGGAAGCAUCCACUGGAUUAAAAGACCUUCCCUGAGCUGAGCACAAGGGCACCAAAGGGAUUUACCCAUAAAGAUCAUCUCGUACAUUGGUCUUCAACUGGUAGGUUGUUACCCUCUACUGCAGGGGUCGGCAAACUUUUCUGCCGGCUGCGUCCCGGAAGUUAGUCUCUGCGUGGAGCUUAACCAGCGCGGGAAUUGACCGUGUGGGCGGCAAGGGCCGGGGGCCAGUUUAAUGACCCCCUCGAGCCAUAUCUGGCCCGCAGGCUAUAGUUUGCUGACCCCUGCUCUACUGGGUUAUACCGCAGUGACAGAACUUCCACUAUACAGAUAUAGGGUCAAAACUAAGAAAGGAGUUUCCAAGUGCUUGUUUGGGUUAAAUGUGGGUUUGGCAGGCUUGAACACUGAUCUAUUUUAUUUAUUCAUCUGAAGGUCUCUGGGCGGUUCACAGCAUAAAAAUGUAAGUUAAAAACACACAAUUCAUAAUAAAAACAAGAACAAAACAAAGUAAUACCCCCCCUGGAUCACUUGUGGCUUUUUGGCAAUUGUUUCUUUUUAAUAGCAAUACUAUGAUUAUUUAUUUAUUACUUCAUUCAAGUAUUUAUGUACUUCCCUCUCGCAAAACAUUAGGGCAGGGUGCAGCAAUAUAUAAAACCCUUUAGGAACAUUACAAAAUUAACAGCAUUUUCAUUUUCCAGAUGUAAUGGUGAACAUGCCUCUUCUAGAAAGCUUCAGAAUGUAUAGAACAGAGUGCCGUAUUUUUCGCUGUAUAAGACGCACCAGACCACAAGACGCACCUAGUUUUUGGAGGAGGAAAACAAGAAAAAAAAUAUUCUGAAUCUCAGAAGCCAGAACAGCAAGAGGGAUCACUGCACAGUGAAAGCAGCGAUCCCUCUUUCUGUUCUGGCUUCUGGGAUAGCUGCGCAGCCUGCAUUCGCUCCAUAAGACGCACACACAUUUCCCCUUACUUUUUAGGAGAGAAAAAGUGAAUCUUAUAGAGCAAAAAAUACGGUAUUUCACAGUUGCUUUCUAACAGUUACUGGCUUAACUUGGCAUAGGAUGAGCUCCUUGCGAUGCCCUUCUGUGCUUUUCAUUCAGUUUCUCCCUAUGAGAAAGUGAAAUAUGUCUGCCAUAGGGAUUUCUAGCUUUGCUAAAUUUGAGUCGGAGGUGGAAAUGAUUUAUUCUGGUUGUUAUGCACAAAGGUCGAGUGACUCACUUCUUCAGACUAUGUGGAGACCUUUUCAGUUCAAUAAAUUGCUUUUCCGUGGGAGUUUUUAUAAAUAGCUAUGUGUGGGUAAUGGCUUUAGCAGCAGUGGUUACUUCCAAAAUGGUGUACAUCAGUGCUGGCAGUAAUAAACUUCUAAUUAAAAGCAGUCCUGCUUAGACAUUUUGGCUUGGGUAUUCUAAUGCCAUCUUUCCCUGAGUGGAAUCUAUGUACCUGAUCAUAAUACUUGGAAAUGGGGCAGAGUAGUUUUGCUGUAGUCUAGCUGGCUUGAUUUUGAUGCUCUUUGUAGCCCUAACAGCUAUCCUGAACAAAAUUGGCAGAAAGAAAAAUAUGCAAUGAACUCGGCAAAUAUUGAAAACUGAAGUGUUUUGUUCUAGUAUUGCCUAGUCAAUUGGUGGCCAAAAGCAGUAGAUUCUAUGGCUUUAUAGUCCCUUUUGGCAUACUGUGUUAACUGCCUAAAGAGGAGAAAAGGGAAACUGAGAAAGCCAGUUGCUUUUCAGUUUAAGUUGUGAAACACCCAGCUUCUUCAGUAUGUGACAGAAACUACCAAGGAACGUCUAUUUCGUCUGUGUCGUUUCAUUUUCAUGGUGAUGUCAGGGACCACAGCAAAGUGCUCCUGUUCCUAGACAGGUGUAUCAAAAUACAGGACCUGUUUUAGUGAGCUAUGCUAGACCAAAGAUCUUACACUGCUUCUGUAAGAUGAUCAACAUGCUUUAUAGAAAGAGGAAAUAGGUUGUGACAUAUAGUGCUUAUAGCAGAGCUUAUACGGAAGGCAGCAUGGAUUCUGGAGCGGACUUGCCAAACCCGGGAACGAGCAAGUUGAAGGCAUCUCACCAGACAUGUUCGAUGAAGAAGUGGUUUGAUUGAUAUCCUGUUUUUGUUGCCUGCCUGUUUCUACAAAACAGUUGAUUGACAAAUACUACUCAAGCUACAUUUGAUUUGAUGUGAGGCAAGUUGUGCAGGUCUGUGUGCCCAGUGAUUGCUGGCUCAGACUUCUCUCCCUGGUCAGGUAUUUAGACUCUGCACCUUCUGCCUCUGAGUUGUCUGCAGAGGUGGCUUUGCAUGUAGUCUUUUUCCUUCAAAGGCUAUUAUGGGUAUUGCUUUAUAAACCCCCUUACGAUUAUUUCUAUAUUUAAAAUUAAUAGUUAAUCAAAUGCUUUUCUAGGCAUCUAAAAGCGAUAUAUGGACCAUGGUUAUGAUUUUGAAACUAAGCUAAAAUUUUUCAAUAUUAGGUAAACCAGCAAACUGGGAAGAAGAUGGUUGGGGAGCAUGGGAUGAACAAGAAACACAAGGACCUGUAAGCCUCUCUGUUUGAUUUCAUUACUAAUUAUGCCUUCUGUAGCUGUGCACUCUUUGUUUCUUGGAAUAAUAUGAAUAAUCCAUUGAGUAAUUCUGUUAACUGUUUUCAGUAAUUAAACUUUUAAGGUUCAGUUCACCCAUCCACCUUACAGGUUGAUGGUCAUACAGUGUUUCUUCCUGUUAUGAGUACAUCCUACCUUAUUUUAUUCAAAUAUUUGUAACAUGUCUUUGCACAAACGACACCUUAAAGUUGCUAAGAAAUUUAACUACAAUCAUCAAAAUGAAAAUAGCUUUUGCUUUGAGAGCCAUUGCACAGCGGAAAAAUCAAGUUCUCUCACCGUCCUACGAAAUUUGCAAUUACAUGGAAAUAGGCUUAUUUACAUUUUCCCUAAAUGCUGCUCUCUUUUGUGUGAGUGUGGACAUAUAUGUUUCUUUAAAACAGUAUAUAUGUUGCCCAGAAAAUUAAUAGCUUUAAAAAUCACUGUACACAGGAGGAGGAGGAAGAAUCAACUUCUAAGACUCAGGCAAAUUCCUGGCUUCAGGACUGUGUCUUAUCCUUGUCGCCAACAAAUGAUCUCAUGGCAAUAGCUCGUGAGCAGAAAGCUGUGUUUUUUGUGCGUAAGUAUAUCACAGACUUUUAAUUUGUUCCCAUUUCCACUGGAGUUCUGUUUGUUUAUUUAAAGUGUAUUUACCCCACUCUUCAGCUAAAAAAGGCUCCUGCAGCAGCUUGCAAAGAUCAGUAAUAUGGCAACCCCUGUCCCCAGGCUUCCAAUCUAAAAGACAUGGCACUAAAAGAAAAUGGGUUUGGGAGGGAGGAGGUAGAAAGGAAACUUGUUUUUCAUUACAAAGUGCAGCAGAUAAUAAAGCAGAACCAUGGGCUUGACUAAGCACAAUGGAUGGUAGUCACCAGAUUUUCCUUAUUCAACAAGAAAGCUAUAGGAGCAAGAUACUGUUCUACAAUUGCUGUGGUCCUGUCACUAAGGGGGUGACUACAGGACAAUUGCAGCAAAUAACAUUGCUUCUGCAAAAGCACAUAUUAGGAAUACUUAUUCUUCACAUUCUUCCCCACCUUUUAUUGAUACAGUUUGAUAAACCUGAAUUUUAAGUGGAACUUCACUCAAGGGAUACUUUGAUUGCAUGAAGGAGAAGAGGCAAUUUUAUCUUAUUCUUGCGUCUCCUUGUAGGUUCCUGUGCCACCAAAAAAGGAGGAUUGAGGGAACUAUCUGGAUUGGUGGGGGAGGUGGCAUGUAGGGCACAGGGAGAAUUAGCCUCCCACCCCUUCUUCCAAUGAAAGUCACCCCUGGUUUUGAGUUCCUUGUAUGAAUGGAACAACCUCUUCCGUUUGCUAUACAGUGGUUCCUUGGUUUACGAACUUAAUCUGUUCCGGAAGUCCGUUCUUAAGCCGAAACCAUUCUUAAACCAAAGCGCGCUUUCCCUAAUGAGGCCUCCUGCCGCUGGUGCCCUUCCACCGUUCAGAUUCCGUUCUUAGACCAAGGUAAAGUUCACAAACCGAGACACUACUUCCGGUUUUGUGGAGUUCGUAAACCGAAUAGUUCAUAAACAGGGCUGUUCUUAAACCGAGGUACCAGUGUAGUUUCCAACAAAGCUAUGAUCUGACUUUAGAUGCAAUAAGAAUCAGGUGGUUGCUAAAGAAUGUAUCUUCCCAUUUUGGCUUAUGCAUUAAAAUAAGUAUUAGAGCUGUUCCCAAGUAAGUGCAUAUAGAAUUAUUAUGGAAGGAAGUCCAGAGAAAUAGAUUUUACAAGGCAAAAUCUUUGUAGUGCAGAAUAAAAGAAAAAUGGUUAAAUGCCUGGAAGCUGAAACCUUUAUUUUUAUGGGUGAUACACAAGAAAAACAUCACCUUUUAAUUUAACUGUGUUACCUUAAAGUAUAACACUUUAUCCACUUUUCUCUCCUCUGCUUCCCAGCAAAAUGGAAGCACAGUGAAAAAGGGAAAGAAGAAAUGCAGUUUGCUGUUGGCUGGAGUGGCUCUUUGAAUGUUGAAGAAGGGUAGGCAUGGGAUCUAGACUAUGUUGUGAAUGAGAACACCACUGAUUAUUUUUUUUACUGCUCUGUCAAAACUUAUAUGUAAGACAUGAUCCAAAGGAAUGCACAUACAAGUCUCCCUUGUGUUGAGUCAGAUCAUUGGUCCAUGUAGUUCAUUACGUCUAAGCCAGUCCCCCCCAGCCUGGUGCCCUUCAGGUGAUUUGAACUAGAACUCUCAUCGUGCCUGCUCAUUGCUGAAGCUGGCCAGUUGGGAGUUACUCAAAACACCUGGAGGGCACCAGGUUGGGGAAGGCUGGCCUGCGCUACCUGGCAGCAACUCUCCAGGGUUUCAGACAGGAUUCUUUCCCAGCCCUACCCAGGGUUGAACCCAGGACUAUGCAUGCACGGCAGGAAGGGGACUCUACCACUGAGAUCCAGCCCUCUCCAGGAAGCAUCCACACACGUCUUGUUCUCAUUCUCUCCAGUGGAGAAAAUUCCUUCUAUUCAUGUAUGAGAAUGGGAAAGUAUGUGGAGGAAGAGAGCUACUGGUUGAGCACAAUGAUUCCGUAUAGCAAAUAAGAUACCUAGAAGAAGAAAACGGCAAAUUGCUAUGCAUCAUAAACUGCCAAAAGCUUUAAAGGGCAGCACCUUUGUUUUUUAGACAGGCACAAGGAUGCUAUUAAAUUACCAUUAAUUAGAACAGCAGACCUUAAUCAGUUAAUUGAUAAGUGAUUAAAACAUUCUUUUGAAUUUAAAAUUUCCCUGUUUGAUUUAAUUGCUUGCAAUAUUUUGGGGGGUUCUUAGACUGUAGGCUUCGUCUCCUCUUCACGGUUUUAGGUGUAGCUUCUCUAGAUGAAUCUGUGAAGCUCUCUAUUCCAGUUAGACACUGAGUGGUGUUGUGAAGUGGAAGUAGGAAAAGGAGGGGGGUAGUGGUGGUGCUACAGAGAUGCUGGAUUUAGACGUGGCAUUCCCGUGAUGAUGUGCAGUGGUUCACGUUCUCUUAUUCUGGGCUAAUUAACAUGAAAUGUCCAUGGCCUUGUUAGGCACGGGCAGGAAAAAGCCUAAACGAAUCUAGACUGCGUAGCUGGAGGAAAACAUGAGCACAGAAUAUGCAAACAAAUGGCUUGUGCCAUAAAUCCAUCUUUACUAGGUGUGCAGUUAUGUGGUGUAUACUGGUUUGUGUGGAAGAGGGCCUGUAUUGAACAUUCCCUCUGCUCUGUUGACCAACUGCAGCGGACGUAUGGGGAGGAAGCUCUGUUGCUCAGGGCUUCUGUUGACAGGGUUUGUUAGAUGAAUCCCACUCUGUUUUGUAAUGUUAUUAAUGCUGACAGUUCUCUUCGUGGCAGAGUGCUUAAUACUGCUGUGUUUUUCCUCUAGUGAAUGUGUGAGCAGUGUAUUGUGCAUCCCACUGGCAAGUCAAAAGAGGUAAGAAAAUGCCUUUAAAAACACACACACAGCUAGACCUCCUUUACAAAGCCUGGUGCUGCCUUUAGAGACACCUAUGGUAAUUUCAUCAAUUCAGAGUAAGACUUGACAGAAUGCCUUUCAUUUUCUUUGAGACAGGAGCUCAACAGGACGACCUGACUGGACCUGUAUUGUAGUGGGCUUCACCUCUGGCUACGUUCGCUUCUACACAGAGGUUUGUCACUUGUCACCAUGAUUUGCCUGCCUGCUGAGGGCUGUUUCAUGUACCAUGGUUUUCUUGUGUAGAAUUAACGAUGCUGAAGUACGGCGCGUAUGAUAUUUUUUAUAUGAAUGCCCCAAGAAGACAGCCGUUACUUAGCUGCUUGCUUAUUCAAGUGUAUUUAUGACAAACCUCCAACAUAACUGGCACCAUGCUUCAAAACUAGAUUAAAAUUCCUAUACAGUGGUACCUCCGGUUGUGGACGGGAUCUGUUCUGGAGCUCCGGUCAGAUCCUGAGGUUUCUGCAACCAGAGGGACCACUUCUGCGCAUGUGCGCGUGGCAAAAACCUGGAAAUAUAUUUCCGGGUUUGCCGCUUACGUAUCCCGAAGUUUACACAAGUAGAGGGAUACGUAAGCAGAGGUACGACUGUAGUGCUGGAAAAACAUGUAAUGUGUGAUGUGACCUUUGAGGUUUUGUGACUUGCAGCCCCAUCUCACCAGUAAUAGAGUGAAUACUCUUUCAGCUUCGUUGUUCUCACUUUUUAGAAUGGAGUACUUCUGCUGGCACAGCUUUUGAACGAAGAUCCUGUCAUGCAGCUUAAAUGCCGAACUUACGAGAUUCCACGACACCCUGGAGUUACAGAGCAGGUAUGAUGGCAGAUAUAUAAGAAAGUGAAAUCAUUACAGAGCAUGAUACGGUUUUCAACUCUUAAUCUUUCAGAGCUGAAUCUUUUUUUUGAAUGAGUUGCGGGAAUUAAAUUUAUUGGGGCUAUGUAGGUAACAAUCCCUAACCGGUUAAAGGAUUUGAAUUGGGCUUGCUGGCUUGAGUGGGUCCUUGCUGCUGCCCCUUUCUUAUUGUGUAGAUUUGCCCUCCCUACUUUGCCUCGUCAUGGCUCAUCACUGCAUUUUGCACUAUUAAUCAUAGUUUAGGACAGGGUUGACGAAACUGCAGCCCUUGAACCACGUAUGUCCUCAAAAAUUUAUCAUUAUAAACAAAAACUGUUCCCUUGGUUUUCCGUAACACCAGGAUGUCAAAAGGAUCUUGUGCCCACCACAUGCCAUUUUUUAAAAAUAAAACAUUUACACCCACUUUUUUGUGCAGCCACUGGAGCUCUCAAAAAAGUUACCCACCCCUAGUUUAGGCUAACCAUGAUGUGCUUUCAACCCAGGGUUUGAGAUCAUGUUUUGAAUCUAGUUACAAAUGCUAGGUUAUUAGUUUUUCCUGCAGAUGUUGAUCUUAUACUGUUACACUUGUUGUAGAGGUUUCAAGGCUGGUGACGUGGAGCUGUGCCAAACUGCACUAAGUGACAACCUAGGUAAAGGUAAAGGGACCCCUGACCGUUAGGUCCAGUCAUGGCCGACUCUGGGGUUGCGGCGCUCAUCUCACUAUUGGCUGAAGGAGCCGGCGUACAGCUUCUGGGUCAUGUGGCCAGCAUGACUAAGCCGCUUCUGGCAAACCAGAGCAGCACACGGAAACGCCGUUUACCUUCCCGCCGGAGCGAUACCUAUUUAUCUACUUGCACUUUGACGUGCUUUCAAACUGCUAGGUUGGCAGGAGCUGGGACCGAACAACGGGAGCUCACCCCAUUGCGGGGAUUCGAACCGCCAACCUUCUGAUCGGCAAGUCCUAGGCUCUGUGGUUUAACCCACAGCGCCACCCACAUCCCUAAGUGACAACCUAGACUUCCCCAUUUGUCUUUAUAAAGUGCUGAGCAAUGAGCCUGCAGCAGUUGAGUCUUCUUUUCCGCACUUCUUUUCUGCUCCACUGCUGGGUUCAGAUCCUGGUGCUGUAGUUUGAAUGAACACUGGUGCUUGUUUAAAAGUGAAAUAAGCCAAACAGGAUAGCACACUAAUUCAUUUUGCUACAACAAGGCAAUGAUCUUCUUUUUCUUCAGAACGAGGAACUGAGCAUCCUGUAUCCUGCAGCAGUUGUGACAAUUGAUGGUUUCAGCCUAUUUCAGUCCCUCCGUGCUUGUCGAAACCAAGUAGCAAGAGGUAGGUCCAGGCAUGUGGGAGAAUUUGACCCAUUCUGGCGUGCCUUCCAGUGGCAAAAGUGUAUUAAACUUUUUAUUAUUUGGCAAUACAUACAGGGAUGUUACAAAGCAUUGGGCGAUAUCCAGCAUUAGCCAUCCUCAGAGUAGACAACUGAAAUCAAUGAACUCAAUUUAUUUCCGUGGCUCUGUUCUGCAUAUGACUAAUACUGGAUAUCACCCAUUGCAUUUUGGAAAUAUAUUUAUUUCCAAAAUAAUUUGGAAAAUUUUCCUUUCUGGAAAUCUGACAGCACCCAGGCUCCAGAGGAGUCCCACUUUAGUAAAAGGUUAGAUACCUUCAUAAUUUUAUUGUCCUGCUGGCUACUUGUAACUUUGAGUACUCUCUGAAUUUUGGAUCUCUAAUGACUGGUAUAGUUUGUAUCAGAUGGGAGCCUGUUAUUGCUGGCAACACAUAUUCUUGUUUCAUUGAGAACUUGGUAUAGGUUUGGUACAUUUACUUUUACCUCAUGUGCCAAAGUGAACUGCUUGCCUUUUGAAUGUUGUAUUGUGUAAAAAGGAAGAAGCUUUAAUCACUCUAAUUUUAUUUAGCCCCCUUCCCCCAAUCCAAGGACUUGGUAUAUGUUCUUGCAAAAAAACUGUGGCUUGCUAAAUGCUACCUAGUUUACUGGUUGAUUAGCGAAUUGAAUAUAGAUCCCUAACUUCCAAAUGUCCUGUACUGUACUGGCUGUAAGUAAUAACUUAUGACACAAUCCCAUGCAUAUCUAACCUGAAAUAAGCAUGACUUACACUCAUGUAAGUGCAUAUAAAAUUGCAGUUUUGAUAUCAGUCUUUCAAUUAAACUUAGACUUGGCAAUAUGAUGCACAGUACAAUUUCUACAUUAAGUUUUGCUUUACAUUAAAUAAAGGAAUAAUUAAAUGUGACUGAGCCUUUUAAACUGUCAGUUCAGUUCAGCAGCACGUACAUUUAUCAUUACUUUGUGCUGGUCAAUGUACCAUAACUUUAUUCUAGCCAAUAGUUUUCUGCUCUCUCUCUCUUUCUCUCUGUCUGAUAAAAAAUGGACAGCUGCAGCGUCAGGCAAUGAGAAUGUUCAGCCACCACCUUUGGCCUAUAAGAAAUGGGGUCUGCAGGAUGUGGAUACUAUAGUUGAUCAUGUUAGUGUUGGUAAGUAUUACAUUGGCUCACUCUAUUAAAUGAAUAGACCUGUCACUGAAUGGAUGCUGCAGCUUAUACAGUUAAUAAUAAAAAGCAUGUAUAUAGGAACACUGUAGAGGAUUUAAAAACACCUCAUGUAAGCUGCUUUGGUAACCCUUACCAUUUUUUCUAGUUCUCUUUGGUUUCAUAGUUAAUAUACUACAUGAAAACCAGUGCCACGUAAUACACAUUCUGCAUUUGUAAGAACUUAAAUCUUCUGGUGUGGCAGCAACUACACUGUGGAACUCCCUGCCUAUUGACGCCAGGCAGCUGCCUUCACUGUACCCUUUUCCAUCACCUACUGAAAAAAUUCUUAUUCAGACAAGCCUACCUGGAUGCUUAGAAAACUGAGUUUGAAUUCCUUUAUUUUUUGGUAAACUGCUUAGAGGGUCCUUUUUUUACACUAUCAAGCAGUGCAUAAAUUAUGUGAAAUAAAUGGGUCUAUAUUAUUUGCGCUUCUCUUUGGUUUCUUAGUUCAUACAUUACCCAAAUAGGACAGUAUCAUUUCUGGUUGUCUUCAGUUUUUUAGUUUAGUUUACUAUAUCAGUAGCUCAAGUUUUUGGAUCCCAGCGUCAGCAGAAGGACGCAGCUGCUACUUUCUUCCUGGCCCCAACCCCAUCUCGGGAGGCAGCCACUGUCAUUGUAUUCUCCCUGUCUACACUUGGGUAUUAAAGGGUAAGGUAACUGACAAGUCUUCACACUCAACCAUGAAGGGUUAUUCCUGCAGUCCCAGAGCUCAUGGAAUAUUCAUGAAUAAUGAAAAUAUUCAAGAUCGUUAGAUUUCUUUUUGUGCGCCGUAUUAAGUUUAUUGCCAAUAAAACCUCUGCCUCAGUAUGGAGCACUCAAAAUGCCUCAGGCCCGCAUAUUUUUAAUAGAGCGUCUGUUGUUAAAUCUUCUUGGAGCUUUCAGGAAACGACAGACUUGUUUUUCUAAACUUCUUAUAAUAUUUGGGCCCAAGUUCAUGUAGGGCUUUUAGAAAUUUGGAGACAUGUAUUUCUAAAAUUGGUUUUCUUUUUUUUAAAAAAACACACAACAAAAUAGGUAUCAUGACUCUUUCGCCUUUUGACCAAAUGAAGACUGCCUCCAAUAUUGGUGGAUUUAAUGCAGCCAUAAAGAAUAACCCUCCUGCUAUGUCUCAGUACAUCACUGUAGGGUCAAAUCCUUUCACGGGUUUCUUUUAUGCGCUUGAGGUAAGUGUAUUAUGAAUCAGUCAUUGUGAAGUGCAGUGUGCUGCCUGGGAGAUGGGACAUUCCUGUUCCCUGCUGUGCAUAUUUUCAUUGUCUGCUUUUGCUGAUAUUCUUGGGGGGGGGGGGGUCGGUUGGGGGGAAAGACGCAUGUGGGGAGCAAAACUGGAGAUCAGAAUGCUUUAAAACUUGAGCUGAAAUGCCUUGUCUUUGCACCUGAUGAGAGGUUGAAGGGGAAGAGCCCUGAAAUCCCUACCAGAAUCUUCUCAGUCUUCAGCCUGUGUGCAUCAGUUGGAGAUAGGGCCACCAUCUGCGUGAGGGAGAUGUUGUGACCAGCCGGACCAGUGCUCCAGUUGCAUUCCUUGCUUCCUCCAACCACCAAACUGUGGUUUAUAACAAACAAUGGUCAAUUUCGAAGCAAGCCAACUUCAAGCCAUACUGGCUUGUUAAUAAGCAGAGCUGGAUGCUGCAAAGAUCCUGCCAGCUAUGGGGGAGCAAAAAUGGGAAGGGUAUGAGCCAGAUGUUCCUUCCUCACUGUGUGUAUAAUCAAACCAUGGUUUAGAGUUACAGUUUGUAGCUACCAGCUGCAGUGAUGCUCUGAGUGAGUGGUUCUGCUUUCCAAGAAAAUGGCCAGAAAAUGGCCUCAGUGCCUAGAAGCACCUUUUGCCAGCUGUGACAGGUACAACAACUUUUGACUGUUCUGAACUGGGAGAGCUUGGUCACAAUAAACACAGGUCCCACUUUCUGAAGAUCCAAGGAAAUAAUUCAUUAGGCGAGCAUUUUCAUAGCGAGCCUGUGAUUUCCAUUAUUUUCUAUGGGAGCACUUCUAAUGCCUGCUCUCUUUCCUGCAUCUCUCUAUAUUUUUCCUCCCUGAAAUGGCUGCAGCCAAUCAGCAAAAAAGAGACAAAGUAAAAAACUGAUUUGCCCAACCUCUCCUUCUCCCUGAUUUGUCUGUUCUGGCUACCCUGUUCCCCUCUCCAUGAGCUCUGCCUGGAAAUUGUUGCCACUGACCAGCACAAAAAAAAUCCCACGAGGAAGUAAGGAAGCCAGAUGCUUGGAUAAGUGACUUUGCGGAGUAUAGUGAGGUUGGGCAUAAUUCUUUGAGUGCGGAUAAGUGAAUUUUUGGAUAGUGAGCGUGCAGAUACAGGGACCUGUAUGUAGUUCAGACAUUGGGGACGUCAAGGUUUGAUUCCUGCAGUGCACUCUUAUAUGGAGAUUCCCUUCUAUUUUAUCUGGAAGCUGCAGUUAGUGCAGAAUGCUGCAGCAUGGCUGCUGGCAAGGAGUGACACAACUCUGUCAGCAUACUGCACCUCUGCUCAGAGAUGUGCAAUGGUUCCUAAUUUCCUGCAGGGCCAAGUUCAAGGUGCUGCUGUUGGCAUACUGUAUGCUAAUGUACUUAACAGCUUGUGACCAGUUUACUUGCAGGAUCACCGUGCCCCAUGUAUGUCCACUUGACUGCUUUGAUCUGUGCAACCGGCACUGUUAACAGGUGCCACUAAAUACUUGAUCCGCAGUUGUAAGAAAUCAGUCUUUUCAUCUGGCAGCCCUUUCACUUUGGAACUCCCUGCCUGUUGACACCAUGCAGGCGCCUUUGCUGGGCUGCUUAAAACGUUUUUUUUUUAGACAGGCCCAUGGAGAAGUUACAUCUGUUUUGGGUGUAUUUUUCAUAUUUAAUCCCCCUCCCACCAAUAAUAACUUAUAGUAGACAUUUCAAGGUGAUAUGUCUUCAUUAAGAUCAGUUUUCUGUCUGUAAAUAUGAUGUCCUGAAAAGGAAAGUUUCUAAGGAGUAAUGGACUCUUAUAUAAAAUAUGUUUUACCUUUCCUCUAGGGUAGUUCACAGCCGCUGUUGUCUCAUGUUGCUUUAGCAGUUGCGAGUAAGCUGACAUCUGCAUUAUUUAAUGCUGCCAGGUAAUGAAAGUCAAAACAACACUACAAUGAACAAUAGAUUGAAAAUUGUGUCUUUGGCAUGUGUUUUCUCUAAAUUGAGAUAAUUUUUAUAUUUAUUUUCCCCCUGAUUUCAAGUGGUUGGCUUGGGUGGAAACAUAAGCAGGAAGAAGAGCCUGCGCAGAAGCAGAAACCCAAGGUUGAGCCUGCAACUCCUUUAGCUGUAAGGCAAGUGUUUAUAGAACUGAGGUUUUUUUUUUAAAAAAAGAGAAAAUGCAUAACUGUUGUCCAUGUAUGUGCAAAAUUCAUGCAAGGCCCAAAGUUCCAAUCCCAGUACACUUUAAUGCACCCUUCUCCAAACUAGGGCUUUCCAGGAGCUUUGAAAUUCAAUUCCUAUCAGCCGCAGCUGGCAUGGCCAAUUUCCAGGGUUGCAGUUCAAAACGUCUUGAGUGUACCAGGUUGGGAAGGCUGCCUCUCCUUUUCUCCUGCCACAACUCCCUAACAUGUUGUCCAUCCCUCCCACCUUGCCAUAGGCUGACUGUUGCCUAGUUCAUACUUGGUACUGGCCUCUAUGAGAGUGUGCAGGACUUCUGGCAGGCUCGUGCCCCGGUUGAAGUCACACAAGCAUGCAGGGGUGGUUCAGAAAUCAUGCCAAAGCAUAGUGGAGCAUUAUGUGCAUGAGUGGGGAGGACUUCCUCACUCUGCUCCUUUCAGGUGGUUCACUUCCCUUAUUGUGAUUCUGGUAAGAGCAAACAUUUUGUCUGAACCUGCAAACUUUGUGCUUGCCGCUCAGUUUUGAUCCUGGUUUGCCCAGCAAGUGUUCACUGCAGUUUGCUGGACUGGGCAAUCCUAUACUUAAACAAAUUUUAAAAUAAGCUAUUAAGACUGUGACAAUUUUGCUACAAUAAGCUAACAUGGCUUGCCCCUCUGGAUGCCUGUAAGACUGUAUUCCUGAAGUUGCUGUACAUUGAGAGGAUCUUCCAAAAAUCAAAGUAUUCAUUGUAUUUUGUUGAAUUGAUUUGGUUUACUGUUAUCUAAUAUUAAGAAAUUAAGGCAAGGCAUGGGGAUAACUGCAUUCACAUGUCAUGAUAAGCCAUAAACCAUGGCUUUCUCUGAAUGAGCAGUGUAAUAGUACAACGCUGCUGAAUCACUCCUGUUUGCUCCACCCUUUCUUGAGCUGGGAGCAGCAAACAAUGACCUAAUCUAACCAUGGCAUACACUAUUAGUUUGUUUCUCUUCCUGGCUUACUAGUGAUUUGUUUGGGAGAAACGGACCACAAGUUCUAAUUUUCUUGUCACAGUAAACCAAGGUUUGUUCUCAACUCAGGGAAAGUGGUGUGAAAUGGGAGCAAUUCAGCGCAUUCAUCAGCAUACCACGACUUGUGACCUGGACCAUUAUUUACUGGCUUUGAAUAUGCUGUUGUAUCAAGGGUGCCAUAUUUUGUGAUUGUUUUACAUGCUUUGUUUUAUUUGGUCUUAGGUUUGGAAUUCCAGAUUCUCGUCGCCAUGGAGAAAGGAUAUGUCUGUCUCCUUGUAACUCUUUGGCAGCAGUAACUGAUGAUUUUGGAAGGGUUCUUCUUUUGGAUGUCGCAAGAGGGCUUGCUGUUCGUAUGUGGAAAGGUACAACAUACUGACAUAUCUUUUGGGACGAUAAAGUAGCUUUUGCCUUGCUUCUCUGUGUACCUCUUAAAAGUCUCGAGUGUGAACUCCUUGACAUACGUCUUCCAAUCAGAGCUUCCCUGAAGAUACUCACACGCAUUAUUACAUAGAUGUGUGAAUGCCUGUCUUAACAUGCAUGCACAAUAGCAACUACUGUUGGCUGGAAAUAGGGAAAGCAGCAGCACUAGGGAUAGGAGCAGAAAGAGGGACAGGUGGCAGCUGUCAUAAAAGGGUGCCAAUGAGAUAGGGAUAACAGGAGGAAGAAUUUUUAGAGUGAAUCAAGCAUCACAUGCACCAAAGUUGUUGGCAAGGCUGGUGUUUUAUCAUACGAAGUUUAGCUUAGCAGAUCCAAUUGAGUGCAGUGUUGCAGUUUCAAGUGUCAACAGGGAGAAACUGUGUGUGCAACCUACAGUGGUGCCUCGCAAGACGAAAUUAAUCUGUUCCGCGAGAGUCUUCGUCUAGCGGUUUUUUCGUCUUGCGAAGCAACCCUAUUAGCGGCUUAACGGAUUAGCGCUAUUAGCGGUUUAGCGGCUAUUAAAGGCUUAAAGGCUUAGCGGAUUAGCUGCUAAAAGGCUAUUAAAGGCUAUUAAAGGCUUAGCAGAUUAAAGGGGGCGAAAAGCGAAAAAAAAAUCUCAAGACUUGCAAGACAUUUUCGUCUUACGAAGCAAGCCCAUAGGGAAAUUCGUCCUGCGAAGCAACUCAAAAACGGAAAACCCUUUCGUCUAGCGGGUUUUCCGUCUUGCGAGGCAUUCGUCUUGUGGGGCACCACUGUAUUUAAUAAUGACUUCCUUCACUUUUGCUUGCAGGCUACCGUGAUGCACAGAUUGGAUGGAUUCAGAUUGUGGAAGACCUACAUGAAAGAGAAGCUGAAAAGAUGGAUUUUUCUCCUUUUGGCACGCCUCAGGGGCCAAGCAGAGUUGCUCAGUUCCUUGUGAUUUAUGCUCCCAGGAGAGGCAUUUUGGAAGUGUGGAGCACACAACAAGGUCCACGGGUUGGAGCCUUCAAUGUAGGAAAACACUGCAGGUAAGAAAUGAAAGCACUUAUGAUAAUGGGUGUCAUUCAAUUGUGUCUGUCAUGAAAUGAAAUUUACUUCUGUUCAUGCAACAGGACUUCCCCUCUCCCCCACCCCAAGCCCUUCCAAAACUGUUCCAAAGGAUUGAGAAACUUCCCAGAGCAGAUUUGAGGAGGGGGGACACUGCUGGGGAGGGAAGAGGAAGGAGAAGUCCCAUUGUACAAGUGGAAGUCUACACACCUGUAACCCAUAUCCCAAAUGUUUUUCAUCACCUGCUUUUUCCCAAAGCCUUCCACAAGCAGGAAGCAGGAUUGAGCAUGCUCAGAUGGCUCAAGAAAGUGCCUUAGUUCUUUCUCUUAAUUGAUUUGUAUUUGCCUUGAAUACAUGUGUGUGAAUGCUGCUGAAGAAUGAUCAUUAUGUUGUUUUCUUGGACUCCAUAGAAAUUGCUGUUAAUAGGAAACAGAAUAUUGGUAUAUCCACCUCUAUGUGCCACAAAAUUUGAGUGUUCACAAUGUGGUGUGUGCUUGUGUACGUGUGUGUUUUCCAACUUAUUGUACUUAAACCUUCCAGAUAUUACUUCUCCCCUAUGCAAAAAGUGUAUGUUGAUGGUUCUGCUUUUUUCUGUAUUUGUCAAACGCCUGUUUAGGUUGCUGUAUCCUGGUUAUAAAAUAAUGGGCCUGAACAAUGUAACAAGUCAGGGUUGGCAGCCUCAGACUUACCAGAUCUGUCUUGUUGAUCCAAUGUCAGGAACAGUAAAAACUGUUCAUGUCCCUUUUCAUUUAGCUCUGAGGUAAGUCUUGAUGAGCUUCACGCUGAUUGUGUUCACAUGUUGCAGCAAGCCAUAGUCCACGGCUUACCAUGAAUGCACAGAUUGUUCCUACUUUUCUCCUUCCUUCUAGCAAGUGGGAGCAGUAAAGCAUGUUCCUAGGUGUAGUGCUAUGAAUGAACCAGGGAUUAUGGUUUGCUUUGCUCAAGCAAACCAUAAUUAGUCAGCCAAAAACAAACCUUGGCUUGCUUGGGGCAGGGGGAAUGAUCCCCAGUUCAGAUGCAACCCUCAGCAAAAGAAUUGUGAUUUGUUGCUCCCACUUGUGUGAGAUGUGAAAUAGGAGUGAACUGUGCAUUCAUGGUAAAUCACUAACACUGUUGUGCUAUUGGAUAACCCAGCAUGCUCUGCUUCUGUUUCAGAGAAAUAGUAGGCAUCUUUCUAGGCGACUGUGGCUCAGUUUGCAUGUCACCUUGGCUUAGCAUGAAUGCAAAAAGUGUGCAGGCUCCUGAAGAGGAGAAUGCAGCCACUUUGCUCCUUCUCUGGUCCUGCUGCUGCACUGCUAUGAGCUAGGCUAUGCUAUGCUUUAGCUAAGCAUAUUGUCCAAACUCAAGGGUUGUCUCCUUCAGACAAAUGGUAAGCUUUGAACCCAGAACCCAUGGGUCUGCACUAAACUAAUAUUUGGCUUAGCCUCGUGUAUGAACCAGACCUCUGUGUUUGUGUAUGCUACCAACACACAGUUAUUUUUCACUUGUUUUGGGGAACCCAGACAACUUUUCUUGAAACAGUGCUGCUCUUGCAGAGAUAUUGCAUUUUUGCAUUGCUCUAAUGGUGAUAGUUCAUUGUGGAAAAAUUCAGUUCUACCACCCCCAGCUAGUGCAGCCACUGCUGCUCUCAAUAGUUUUUGGAGUGCAGCUGUCAGUUAGUGUAUUUGACAUCACCCGUGGAAAGCGACACAAUUUCCGCGCCCAGUGGUGGUGUGUGUGCUUGGUAAAUAUUUAAUACAUGACUUUGUAACGAUGGAGGCUGAACACUCCCCUGUUGGAAGUGUUCACGUAGUUCUUUGAAUGUUUACCAUCAGUGACCAUUAGUGUGUUGAUCCUGAGAGGCGUCAGACCUCCAAGUCAUGCUGAGGACAGACAUGAGAGGAAACUGUACGACUUCCACCCCUUGUGAACUUGCAGAGGCGUCUGCCUUGCUACGGUUGAAAAACAGAACCUUUUAUCCCCUCCCGUCCCAAUUGCUUUAAUAUUAUGGACCUUUACGUCUUCAUUAGUUGUUUGGAGGCUGUGUGCUACCAUCUCUUACAUUAAUUGGUAUGUACUGCUGAUAUUCAAACAAUUUCAUGUGUUUACCCUUACAAAUACCUUCUAGUGAUAAGAAGAGUGAGCGAGCAAAGGAUAUGCAUCUAGUGAAGAAGUUGACUGCCUUGCUGAAAGCUAAAACAUUAAAUCUGGGUAGGUUCUUUUUUUAUGGGGUCAUAGUAUGAUGUAACAUGAUAAGAGGCAGUACUGUAUGCUUCUGAAUACCAGUCGCCGGAAGCUGCAGGAGGGGAGAAGGUUGUUUUGCUUGGGUCGUGCAUGAGGGUUUCACAAGGUAUCUAGUUGGCCACUGUGAGAACAGGAUUCUGGGUUAGAAGGGCCACUGGUCUGAUCCAGCAGCCUCUCCUUAACUUACUUAGGUACCUUUUGAGGUUCACCUACAUCACAGAGGGAUAGGCUUUCUGUUACAUUUAAGCAAUUUGUUGUUGUGUACAAAAUUCAUUAGUAUCACUAAUAUUCUGCACUACAACACCUGUAUAAUAUCUGAUUGAAAUAUUGUGCCACCCGUGUAGAAGCUGCCAAAGUGCAAACUCUCCAUGCAGUUGGUCCAAACAAGAUGAAAUUCAAACAUAUUUUAGUAGUCUCCCAAUCCCUUUGGAUUCCCCCCCCCCUGUGAACAGUCUUUUGAAAUUGAUGGGAAUUGGCAAUAUUGCAUAACUGCUGUUGAGUUCAUAAACGUGGUUUAUGAAGAUGUAGUUUGGAAAGGUGUGACACCCAUUCUUAAUUUGAUUCUGACUUAUUGCUACUUCUGAUCAUCUAACCUCUGUGCAGAGCUUCCAUGGUCUAAGGAAAUGAGCACUUAAAUUGUCAUGGAGAAAUACUUGGCUAAUUUGCUUGGAUAAUAAAUUUGGGAAGCCUAUGAUCACUUGUAGAAUAGUUGAAUUGUCUUAAGAGAUGCCUCUCUCUUCUCUCACGAUUUGGGGGCAGUUCAUAAAGAACUCUAAUUUAGUUGUUAAAUUACCUUCCCUAAAAAUGUAUACAGUGAAUUUAGAUUCCUAAAGAGAGACCAUGAAUUAUGUAAGAAAAAAGAGUAUCAACUCUUCAUGCUGCCAGUAGCCAUGCAUUUUUUGUACUCAUGGGGGUAAUAUUACGUUAAACUACACUUAGUUUAAUGUCGUGUUACAUUAAAUAUAUAAUGAUUAAAUGUGAUUCAGUCAUGGGGCAGGUUAAAAUAUAUUAUAACUUCCUAGCACAACAGCAUUGCACUUCACAUUCUGCAGAAGUCGCUUAACUUAAGCUGCAUCUUGCGUAAAGCAAUGCAUUAUUUUGGAGUGGGACUAUGUUGUAUUUAAUUUACCCCUUGCAUAUAUGGUCUUUCCACAUAUAAAGCGGCAUAAAGGCUUAACUAGAGACUUGGCAUUUCUAGUGGAAGUGCCUUUCACCUUGUACAGUAUCAACUUCGUUUCAGUGCUUUUCCAUGUUAUUUUUAACCAAGUGAAUUUGAGCUGUCAGGUUAAACCCCAAGUAGAGGUCGCACCAUGAGCAUAAUACACGCUGACAUCCCCUAAAAAACAAAACAAAACAGAGCAAACAGUUCAGGCUGCCAGCCUGUGCAGAAUGUAUAGAUCUGGCAAGGAGCAGAGAGAGAUACAUCUAUUCCACUCCACCCUUGAAAGCCCCAGGGACUGUUCACAUCCCAGGAUGCAGGCUUGACACCCCUUUCCUUUGCUUCACAUCUCUAGCUUUCCUUUCAACUUAGUCCUCUCUGCUAUUCAUUUAUGACCUGAGAGAUGCUGCUUUUUGUUGUAAGUAAACAAGUUGUGCAACAGCAGAGACAAAUUGAAUUCCCAGUGACAGGUUAAAAAAUCUAGGGCCUAGCUGCUUGAUGCCUGGUGCAAAUGACGCCACAGUUGGCUCUGCAGAUGCACUGCUCCUGGAAAAGUGAACAGUCUGUUGACUUAAUUUUGCCAUUAGCUUCAGCAAUUGAAAAAUGGUGGGGUUUUUUGUGUGUGUGUUUUUAAAAGCCAUAUGAUUCUCCUUAACUUGCAAAUCUUAGUACAGACCGCCACUGUAGUGGGGCAGAAAGGGGUCAAGGGAUGUGUUUGGAGGAGGAUGUAACAGAGAUAAUCAGGAAGGGUGGAAAACAUGUCAUAACUUUAAUUAGAAUUUUUUUUUGGGGGGUAAGGAAUUUGGGUUGGAUUGCAUGGAGGCAUAUGCGUUUCCUACAUGUCUCAGCAUUCUGCUAAAGGCACUAUUGCAUAGCUGUGAUUUGUGUAGUUCCUUCUGCUGUUUGAAACAUCCUAGUAUCAUACCCAGCAGCUAUUAAUGAAGCUCUGCCUAAAGCGUCUCCCAUUUGCUCCACUUUGCAGUGCUAGACUUUGAGCUACUUGUGACAAUAGUUGAGAAGCCCCCAGGGCUGCAAGGCAGGAAAACAAACAUCCCACAACUGAAACAAGAGGGUGACAUGAUAGGCAGUUUUACUUUUAGACUGUACUCUACUUUUAGGCUUUAAUUUGAUAAUUAGAGUGAAGUUUGUCUUGCAUUGGCUCCUGUCCAAAGAUGCUGAAUUCUCCCUGAUGUGCUGUGUCACUGCAACAGAGCCAGAUCAUUCUGGUUGGAAAUGGCUGGCUGUAGUGCACUGCCCCUAAGUGGUAUGAUGCAGGCAUUCUGCGCCUUCUCACUUGUUGCUCUCUUGACUGCAGGAGCCCCCAAUAGCUAAAGUGGGCACCCUUUAGUUUUCUUAAACCUCUUUUGUAAUGUGCAUUUAUUUUUUAUUCUUCUUAUUUUCUUUCUUUCCAGACGUGGUUGAGGCUGAAGUGAAGGGAUUAAUUCUUGAUAUUAAAUAUCCCGCUACUAAAAAACAGGUAAUGAGCUAGGAAGGGCUUCAUUUUGCAUUCAUUAUUGCCUUUUGAUCCAAAUUAGGCAAACGGUUUGUUACUGUUUUAUGCAUGCCUAACAACUCUUGUUUCUAUGUGCAGACAUUUUAGUUCUUUAAAUGGGGAGGCGAACUGUAAGAGUGAAGGGUUGCUGCAUUUUCCACCAACAUGCAGAGAUUAUAGCCCCCUGCUUGGUGGUGGCUCCCUCCCUCCCUCUCUUUCCUGGGCCAAUCAGUGCAUUCAUAUUGUGGGGUAGUGUUGGUUGUGCUUGCUGGUUUCUGGCAACUGCCUUUGUUUCUCUAAGGAGUCCACCCUGACACUUUGAACAAUGUUGCUUUAGGUAACUUACAAAUUAGAUUUACAGAACUGGUUUGGGAGAUCAGACUAUAAAUGCAGGAUUAAUUUCGUAGGCAUUUCCACCCCACCUUGACAGCCCUUGUCCCUCAGCACAUGCACCAUAGGCCCAGCAAAGCAUUCCAGCCCAAGAGAGAUUAUUUGGAAUUGUGCUGAUGGCUGCUUAUAGGAAGCACCUGCAUGGCUUUUGUUUUAACAGCAUGAAAUGAUGGAGCAAAUUUGACUCGUGUGUGGUUUAUUUUACUGACAGGCACUGGAAAGCAUUCUUGCAAACGAGCGAUUGCCACUGUCUUCUUUGACAAGCAUAGCGCAAACGUUAAUGGAUACCUUAAAAAGUCAGGGUGAGUGAAAAUGUCUUCUGUAACCAUGUAAAAACGUAAGUAGAGUCCUACUGGAUCGAACCAAAUGCCCAUAGAGACAGUAAAAAUGGAGACAGAAUACUUCGACUCUUGAAACUUUCACAGUCAUCAUUUGUUCUAUUUAUAUAUUUCAUGAAAUUCAUAUACUGCUGGACUGUAAGAAAAAAACCUCAAAGCAGUUUGGCGAAAUAUCUUUUCGGCUGUGAUCAAAAUGGUGACUGAAUUUCAUAUGAAAGAAGCAAGUGGGACCCUGAGGGAGGUCUGAUUUUUAGAUUCUGUCUUCUCCCCACGGCUGAUCAGUUACAGGGAGAAGUGCAUGCUUGGAGAGAACUCGCCCCUAAUUUGCAGAAUCUAGCCCCUGCCAUUCCCACAGUCACUUUUGGUUGAACUUCAUUCCUGAUGCAGUUGUUGGAGAAAGAGAAUUGGGCUGUUCCCUGAGCACAGUUCCCCCGCUACUGCUUUGGUGACGAAGGGAUCCUGUCCCUUUUUUGGUCCCCCUAAGUUGAACCCUGUGAUCGCUUUCUUUCCCAAAGGGGUGAGGGCGCAUGCUUCUGCUUUAAGAGAUUCCAGGAAGUUUAAGGGAAGCACACAUAUACACCCCUUGUCUACAGUGCUGUGGGGUAGGGUUUGUCUCACCCCCCUGCUCUCUUUCUGCAAGGAUAGGGAAUCUCAACCUCAACAGAGAUCCUUCCUUACAUUUGGCAUUCUCAGAGCCUGCAUGCGGACAGUUAACUUAUAAACUCAUUAUUUGGUGGGUGAUCCCUUAGUUGCAAGGUGAGUCUCUGAACAGGGAAAUCUUUAGGGUAGCUUUUUAAUAUGAGGCAAAUUAAUUAUUACACAGUGUAACUCUGAACUUACGAGAAGCAGAUUUGCUAUUGCAGCAUUUUUCUGAUCCUUUGUAUGUGACAUAAGCAUAUUUUUCCCCACACCCCAACUACCUGUACUCUGAUCAGUGUAAAAUCAAAUGUUAUGGCCCGUCUCGUUUGCUUCAGUUGCAUAUUGAGACAACCCCAUUCUUCUUGUUAAUGAAGUCUUGAGCUGCUUCAGUAAGCAGAAGUCACAAUGUAGAUAUUGAAACCUUCCAGAAGUAAAAAAAAACAACCUGGGUGACUUCAAAACUAAAUGGUUUGCGCCCUAUAUGUAAGCGACGUGUGACAAAUGUCAAAAUGUGUGUGAUGAACUGUUAGCCAGUGUAGGGAAUUCAUUUUCUGCCUGCCUUCUGUGAAGAGACGUUCUUUGUGUGUUGAGACUUUUGAUUUUCAUGUUGUUGAUAAGCGUCCUGCUCAAGAUUCUGCUUUCAAAGAGAAGCUGACACUUCCUUUGCCUGUAGGCAAAACUCACCCAGACUUUAACCUGAUAAAACAGAAUUCUCAUGCAAGCAGCUGCGCUCUGGAAAUAUUGCUUAACGGGGAGUUUAAUGAAGCUGCAGAGCGAUCUUGCAGCUCCAUUGCACAUUCAUUAAGACUAAUACGUGUGUGUUCUCCCCCCCCCCCCCCGGCAGAGAUGGAGUGUAUCGAUGAAGGGCUGUUACAGUUCUGUGCAAACAAACUGAAACUAAUGCACCUUCAUGAGUCAGUCAGCAAGCUAAAUUCUCUGACUGUGCCGUGUGAGAUUGUGCCGUCUAAUAACGUGAGUAGUGUGAACAUUUUUUUUUGCUGGGGGGUGGUGGUUUUGAGAAAGACAGAAAUUUAAGAAUCCUUGGAGUGCGUUAUGAUCGAAAGAAAAAUAUACGGACGAAAACAUUGCUUUCUAAUAAAGUACUAAUCCUUCUUAAAAUAAAAUGUUUUAAAGGCCGUUGCUCUCAGCAGCUCACCAUAACUUUGUAGGCAGGCUGAGCCCCUGGUAUCUCCUUUUAGGGCUUGGAAGGACCUCCUUCCUGAAACCCUGGAAUGCUGCUGCCAGUCAGUGUAGGGGAUACUGAGUUAGAUAGACCCAGUGAUCUGACUUGGUACACAGAGAUUAAAAUGGUGCGUGAAGGAUUUUUUUUUUUUUUUUACCAUCCUAUAUGAUCCUGUAACUUAAACACAGUUUAAUUAGUGCCUUUCUUGGUACUUAGCUGUUUGAUCAAGGUACUUGUGCCUAGACCUUUAAAAGAACUUGCUUCGUGCAGUAUAUGCAGGAAAUGAGCAUUACAAGAGAGAAAAAAUGUAUUUUAAAGGUGGCUUCUCAAUAGUAUUUACCUUUUAAGUAAUUGUCACUUGCAUGUUAAAAAUCAGGGCUACUCCCAACUGCUUGUGCAAUAUAGGUCAUCAUUUUUUAGAAGCAUUAAUAAAACAGUAUCUGCUCUGAGAGAAUGGCAAUGUGAGAGCUGUGUUUCCUGCAUCUCCUACAACUGCUAUUAAUAUUUCCAGAAUGGAUGUCAUCUUCACGGUUGCAUUUUUUGGGGUAAAUUUAUUAUUGUUAUUUCAUUUUAUACUGCAUAUAACAUAGACAGAAGUUGUAACAACAGACAAAAAUUCAAAGUGCUGGUUUUGACCUAUAAAGCCUUAAAUGGCACAGGACUGCAAUACCUCAAGGACUGCCUCUUUGCAUAUGAACCUGCCUGGACCCUGAGAUCAUCUUCUGAGGCCCUCCUUCAUGUGCCUCCUCCUUGAGAGGUCCAGAGGGUGGCAACACAAGAACAGGCCUUCUCUGCAGUGGCUCCCCAUCUGCGGAAUGCUCUCCCCAGGGAAAUUCGCCUGGCCCCUUCAUUAUACAUCUUUAGGCGCCAGGCAAAAACAUUCCUUUUUAACCAGGCCUUUGGUUGAUCUGAUUUACAUCCUAUGCCCUUUUAAAAUGUGGGGGUUUUUUUUGGGGGGGGGACUAUUGGAUUGUUGUUUUUAUUUUUAUUAUGUAUUUUGUGGUUUUAUAUCUUGAUUUUAUUCUAUAUACUGUCCUGAGACCCCCAGCUAUAGGGUGAUAUAUAAAUUCAAUAAAUAAUAAUAAUAGAAUUAAAAUACGGAAAUUAAAACCAUAAAAUAGGCAUGAAGGAUGUGUAGUUGCACAUGAGUUAAAAUAACAAAGUCUAAGUAAAGACUAUCAUCUUUAUCUGAUCAUCAACUAUAGUUCUAAAUUUGCCAGACAUGGAUAUGAUGGUUCUGCUGUAUAUGUCAUAAAAGAAUGCCAAAUCAUAUAAAAUGUGUCUGGCAGUUCUAGUCCUUGUCAAAAUAUCCAAUUUUGUGGGUUUCUCUCCAUUAUAGCUAUAUUCCAGUGAUUGAUACUAAGCAUCCAGUGUAAGAUUUUGGGCUGUUUUCCAUUGAGUUGCAAUCGUUAGUCAUGCUGCCAAGAUUACAUAUAAAACUCACUGUUGCAUAUUUGACUUACUGUUUUUAAGGACUUGGCUAAAUUACUCCGAUUAGAUGAACAAGAGUUUACUAGGCUGCAGAUGUUACUGGAGAACUACAAGCAGCAGAACACUCAACCUUCGGUUCAUUUUGCGGACGACAAAGAUGGCGUGUUGCCCGUGAAAACCUUCUUGGAGUAUAUGGAUUAUGAAAAGGAUGUGAUUAAUGUGAAGAAGCUGGACGAGAGAGAAUAUGUGGCUUUAGGUAUGAACAUUUUGUGGUGUUUCCAAUAUACGCGUUAAGCUCCUCUGUUUCUGAGGGCUUCCCCCAUUUGUGUCUGGCUAGAGCUGUCUCUUACGGGACGCGGGUGGCGCUGUGGAUUAAACCACAGAGCCUAGGAGUUGCCGAUCAGAAGGUCGGCAGUUCGAUUCCCCAUGACGGGGUGAGCUCCUGUUGCUCGGUCCCUGCUCCUGCCAACCUAGCAGUUUGAAAGCACGAAGUGCAAGUAGAUAAAUAGGUACCGCUCCGGUGGGAAGGUAAACGGCGUUUCCAUAUGCUGCUCUGGUUCGCCAGUAGCAGCUUAGUCAUGCUGGCCACAUGACUCGGAAGCUGUACACCGGCUCCCUCGGCCAAUAAAGCGAGAUGAGUGCUGCAACCCCAGAGUCAGCCAAGACUGGACCUAAUGGUCAGGGGUCCCUUUACCUUUAGAGCUGUCUCAUCUACUGAAGUAAUGAAUUGGGGAAAGAGCUCCAGGGAUUGACAUUGGGAUUGAACGGAGGGCUCUGGGUCAAGGUAGCCCUGCGAUAGCAGGCUGAAAGACCUGCAGUAGUACCUAGUGGGCCUCAUGCAGAAAGGAGAAGAGGAAAGCUGUGUGCAAGUUCCCACUAGUCUUUACUGCUGAUGUGAAUUGGCCAAAUCUGCAUGCAUUACUGUCUGAAAGGUUGCUUUGUUCGCAAGCAGAAAGUAUCCAUUCAGUGGGCUAAGCUUUCAUUUUUAAUUGAUUGGGGAAACCAUGUGUGGUGUGUUUUGUGUGUGUGUGCAGGAAGCUUUUUUUUCUGGAAGUGUUUACAUGGAGAAAGUUCCACAGAAGAAAUGUGCCAGACACUAGAGACUGCAGGAUUUAGCCCCCAACUAUUAUUGGUGAGUCCUAUUAUUAGCUUUCCCGUUUUGUUCUUUAUAGUCAAAAAGUUGGUUAUGAUAUCUGAAGACGUCUCCGGAUGCAUAGCGUAGAAACAACUUUCCAAACCGCCUACUGCAAUCUCAAGGCAGCAUGCAGAUUAAAACAAUAAACAGUAAAAUAGUGAAAUCACAAUGCAGUAAAUAAACUGCGGCCGAUUAACCCAAUAAACACCAAUAAUUAAGUCUGAAAUGCCUUAAUGGUAAUUUUAAAUCUUCUUUAGAACUAAGAGUGUUUUAGCCCAUCAGUGGCUUUUUGUAAUCACCUGACUCUAUUCUUAUUUAAGAGAAAUAUCCUAAAUCUCUUUCUCCUCUCUCACCUUCCCCAGUCCCUGCUUCUCAGUGUGUGGCUUUCUAAGGAAAAGGAUAUUCUUCAUAGAACGCAAUCAAUUUGCUGCCUUCAUGCUGCACUCUCCCUCCUGAGCAAAAUGACAGGUGAGAUGAGUUCGCAGAAUGGAAAUGGGCAAAUGCUUACUUCUUGAAAAACGGGCCCUUUACCUGACUCUGCAAGCAAUAAGUAGAACCGUGAAUAAAGCCAAACCUAAUGUUGCAUGUGAAUGUAUUUCAGAAUAAAUGAACCGAUGAAUAAUUGAGAAGUUUGUUUAAGGGCCAUCUGUGGCUGCACCAAUGUUCUCAUUAUGGUGCCUAGGAGACCUGAACUUUUGCACGCUCAGGUGCAACAGACCUUUCAAAAUAUCUCCUCGUCCGGUUGCGCUGGCUGGAAAUUUCCUGUUCUCAGCCUGGUGUUUGUACUCAAAUGUGGGCACAGAAAUCUGAGGUUCUAUCUCUCUUGCACAUUAAGGGUCACUUCUAUAUUGUCAACACUUUAUGUACUUCACAUAGUGUUUUUGGUUUGCUCAGGGUCUUCCCAGCUUCUUUGCUUUGCUUUUCAUCCCAGUGAAGCAGAGCCCCAUUUUACAGAAGGGAAAACUGACGGUCUUACAAGCCCAGAGCUGGACAAUUGAAUCAUUAGAUGAGAUGUGACUUGGUCCCACCCCCAGGCCUAACCUUGUUUCACUGGACCACAGUGAGGGCUUUCGUUGACUUCCUUGCUGGCUUUUUCUGGGGUCUUCUUGGGCAGAUAACCCCUCUGGAAAUAUUUUCUGCUCCCUUCUUAAGAAACAGGGACAUAGCGAGGACUCCUGCAGUACAGUAGGCCUGAAAUGUAUGUGUGGGUUAUGUUUCGGAAGUCUGCGCGCAAAUGUAAAAUCACAUAAAGUCAGGAAGACCUUCAAUCACUACCACCCUGAGUGGCCAUCCCUUCCUAUCCAAAGUCUGUGGGCUGACUUUCUCAGGAGCCUUGCAGGGCCUUCCAGAGCCCUUGUUCAACUUUUCUAAUGGUCAGCUUUAAACUUGCAUGUGCCAAAUGGAGCAGAGUUUAUGGUAGAAGUCUCCUUUGCAUGGGACCCGUGAAACCCUUGUGACAGCACCAGCGCCAGGCUCUGCAUCAUCAGCAAAUGACAGGUGCUUUAUAAAAAGACACAGCCCUCCUUUCCCUUUCUAAAAAAUGGCUCCAGCAGGUGUUGGAUAUGACCGAUAGUGUGUGCAUAUCUUGUAGCAUGCGCCGUUUUUGAAAAGCUUCCCACCGGCAGGAGCCGCUACUGGAUUGGGAUCUCUUCCAUGAACAGAAGUACAGUAGCUGUUGAAUUCAUGGGAGAAGGUGUCUGGAUCCGACCCUUACAGAUCAAUGCUGUAUUUAUAGAGCUGACUUUGCUAAAAGUGUGGUUUCCUCUCCUUCUGCUUUAUUUCUUGUUCUGCUGAUUUUAGCUGACCUAAUUGCACACCGGAGUUUCCCAUUUUCUGUUUCAGUCGCUAUAGAUGAGACUUGGGAUUCCCAGUCCGUUUCCCCCUGGUGGCAGCAGAUGCGCACGGCGUGUAUUCAAUCUGAGAACAACGGAGCCGCUUUGCUAUCUGCUCAUGUCGGGCAUUGUGUAACAGCACAGAUAACAGAUAGCAUAGCGGAGAAGAAAGUAAGUAACUUAGCUGUAUUCCUCCCCACCAAAUAGCAGCUGCUGCUUUCCCGAAAGAAAGCUAUAAAGCCCCUCUGUGAUCUGCUGAUUUUAAUCUCGCCACCAUUUGGAAAAGGUAUGGUGAAAGUUGUUGUUCUAGGCACAUGAGAUAUCCAGGCGUCAGGACCGUGGUUUGUUAAGAUGGAUCAUGCUAACAGCUUAGUAAACUUAGCAGGAUAAAUUGGAGUGCCAUCUUUUACUUAAUGCAUUAUGUGCUUCCUGGGCUGUUUGUAGUUGUGUUCCUUCUCACCAGCUGAGCGUUAACAGUUAAAUGUGCUUUGUUUUUGCUCUUGCUGAGCUCUUACAGUCCUAGGAAGAUCAGCUUUGGUACAACAAACUUCCAGCUUUUAGUGUGCAGAUGAUGGCUAUGUAUUCAUUCACAUUUUUUAUUGUGCCCUUCCGUCAAUGGUUGGAGAGUUGCCUGCAUGAAGUGUGUUUUAUCUUCAUAACCCUAUGAAAUAGGUCAGUAGAAGUAGUGAUGGUUACAUCUUUUGUUUUCCGCUGUGUUUACUGAGAUUUGCUUUCUCUCUUCCUAUUUUUCCUUCUCCAAGGGCUACAUUUCACAUGCACGCUUUCAUCACAUAGUUACACUCAUCAGGCAGCUGUGGUUUUGCUAUAGCUUUCCUAGCUGGGUUUUGCAUUGUGUAAGGUGCAAAAUAUUGCUAACUUCACUCUUACUUUGCCUUCUUGGACAAAACCAUCUUUUCUGUUAGUUUUCCCAUAUCACAGUAGGUGCCGAUACGGACCCUUGGGAAGCGCUCUCCCUCGAUACCGAAUACUGGAAACUUCUGCUAAAGCAGUUAGAGGAUUGCCUGAUUCUCCAGACACUCCUUCACAGUAAAGUGAACAAGAAGACAAGCCAAGUCUCAGCUCUGCAGACCGAGCCUCUUGGCAGACUCUCCGUGAAGAAGCUGCUGGAAGGAGGAAAAGGUGAAUGUGCUGAAAAACAUUGGCUUAGAUCCAAAGACCCAUGAGUGGGGGGGGGGUUCAUUUGCAGAAGUGGGGAGGUGGGCAGUUUCUGCCCAUUCCCCUGCAGCCCCCAUGCCCCUUGAAAAUCUGUUCCAGAGAGUUUACGAUCCCUAGGAGGUGACACAGGAGGUUGCAGGGGAAAUCAAAGGUCUUCCCCAUCUUCUGUGAGCAAGUGCCUCUACUGGAUUUCUGCCUCUGCCUCGUAUUCGCCUCCCUGCCUCGUGUCCUAGCAGUCACCAUGGCUAUCAGAAGCCUCUAGCUUGCUGUCCCUUUCUUGCUUACUAAGGAACAAUGGGGAGUGCACUUCAAGACUCCCAGUGGUUUCUUGGGAGCCAUGUACCUCUUUCUCUGCCCCACACCUGAUAUCACGUAUGGCAUCAGGUGUGGGGCAGGUGGCUCCUUACCAGGCCUAAUUGGGCCUGUGGUCCAGAAUUCCCCCACUGCUGAUCUGUGGUUUCAUGCUGAAGAACUUGCCCCAGCAGGGUUGGGUUAGAGUCAGUAAGGAGCCGCAGUUGUUGUACUAUCUGAACUGUGUGUGUGUGUAAGAGAGAGAUAAAACAAAUCCCAGAGGUGUGGAAGAAGCCUGAAGGAAGAUGUGCAGUUAUGAAUGUAAAAAACAGCGUUUUCGAGCAAAGGAUCAGGCAUUCUGUUAGUCUUUACAGGACAAUUUCAGGUUCACUGUGGUAGAAUCUGAUAAUGGGAUUAGUGUCAGUAGUAGUUUAUGUGGCCUGCACCAGUGCUCAUGUCCCAGCAGAGAAAAGGGCUGGUGAAACAAAGGAUUGACUGGGUGCAUGUUGACAUUGACCUCAAGCGAGACAUUAAGAUGGUAAGCUAUCUUAAUAAAAGAUGGUUUUUAAAACCGCAUAGGGGGAAGCUUAAGCAAUUGCUUUGAUUUAAGCAAUGAUAGUGCCAUCUGAAUUUAUAGCUUUGAAUGUUGUCUUCUCCCAUGACAAAGGUUCUUCUGUGGGUUUGGUUCCCCCUAGUGAUUGAAGGCAGAAAAAGCUAAACUUAAGAGGAAGUAUCAGGAUAUGUCUCUUACAGGGGCUUCAGUUUGUUUCCUGCCUUUGCUCCGAUCAGCCCUUUUUUUUUUUAAGCUCUCCACAAUUAUCUUUUUCUCAAUGCUUAGACUAAUUUAGAUCAUAGGCCAGGAUUGCAUAUAGAUGACGUAUGCGCCCACUAUGGUAAAGUUCGCCUUCCUCUUUGCAUUAUGACAACCGCAAGCAAAGUUACCCCUGGGUGAGAGAGCUCAGCCUGAAGUAGGAAGAUUAUAUGUUAUAUAUUAAGAGUGUGUGUGUGUGUAAACAUUUCUAUCAUGCUCGUCUACUGCCCAUUACCACUUGGGGCAUCUUAAAACAGUUUAAAAUCUCAAUCCAAUAAAAUACCUUAAAAUGCAACAUACAGCAGUAAAAAUACAUAAGAUACACAGCAUUAAAUAAUCGGUAUAAAGGUUCCAGCAGGUUUGAGUUUUCUGAGCAUUCUGGAGAAUCCAAUAGAAAAAAAUUAGGAGCAAUUACAGGGUUGCAAUGCAUGGGAGCCAUGCGGUCUCUCUCUCUCUAGAUACUUGAUGAAUUCGGCCCUUCUAAAUUUAUUGAAGAAAUUUCAUAUUGGAUAUGAAACAUUGGGCCUGCCCAUACAUUCAACAGAAUCAACCUUUAUCUUGUGGGUGGGGAACUGCCUGUUUGCUUUUCCUUUCUCCCUAUCCCCCAACACCUGUUUCUGCAAAAGCAUAAAAUGCAGUGGGGGAGGGGGGAGCAAACCUGGAAGUUUCUUAGAAAGGCAAUGCUGGUGCAAUCGGGGAUGGUUGUUAAUUUUGGUGGGAUGUGUAAGAGAGAGACUAGGUGGUGUGUGAGCGAGAGAGGAGGGGAGGGAGGGAGGAUGGGUGAAAAUGGCAGGGUGGGGUGGCUUUGUGCUGGUGUACAGUCCCCAAAAGAAGACCCCCAAGGGAAUGUGGCCUUCCAAGCCAUUCAUUACACAGAUGGUGCUUGCUUUGCUAGGUUGCACAUGCAUUGUUUCACAUUUGAAUGUUGAAAACUAGCAUUCUGAGGUAAAAGGCUCUGUCUAACCCAGGCAUGGCCAGACUUGGCCCUCCAGAUGUUUUGGGACUACAAUUCCCAUCAUCCCUGACCACUGGUCUUGUUAGCUAGGGAUGAUGGGAGUUGCAGUCCGAAAACAUCUGGAGGGCCAAGUUUGGCCAUGCCUGGUCUAACGUUUUUCACUGAUAUGCUCUUUUUCUAUAUAUGGGGAAGAGUUUUUCCAUGUAAGAGCAUCCCAGCAUGAUUUUGUAUUAUUGUACUCAUGUCCUGCUUGUGGACAUUUCCACAGACAUUUUUGUUAGUCACUGUGAGAACAUGAUGCUACAAUAGAUGGGCCUUUGGACGGACCCAGCAGGACUCUUGCAUUCUUAGCUAUCUGCAACCUGAAACGUUAUCAUCCAGGACGGGGAUGGACCUCCAAACUCCCAUCAGCCCCAGCCAGCAUGCGCAAUAGUUAGGGGUGAUAGGAAUUGAAAUCCAACUAUCUGGAAGGUACCACAUUGGUUUCCCCUGAGGAAGAUGGUACUAUUUGAUAGGGGACGGGGUGUUAUGUGUGAACUGGGCCUAGGCUUGUUUUCAAAGCAAAACAUAAAACUGAGUCUUUUACUUUGUCUUAGGAGGCAUUGCUGACAGCGUAGCAAAAUGGGUUUUCAAGCAGGACCUCAGUCUGCCAUUACUUAGGCUGGGGAGGCAGAGAGAAGAAUCAGAAAGCAAAGAGGAAAUGCCACACGCAGACAGCAGUUUUCUAGAAGAGGCCGCAGAAGACCAGAAAGGCUUGGAAACCAUAUUAGGUAAAAAUGCAAAGCAAAUCUUUGAAUGUAAAGUUACUUCAGGAGCAAACAGAAAUGACUGAAUUGUUUCUAACUGGCAAACAGCAAAUUACUAAAGAACAAUCUCCUGUAACUUUUAUUUCUAGAAUUACUGCAUCUCGCAUAUCAGGAGUUUCCUUGUAGCCUGGAGGCGGAUGUGCUGCAUGCACAUUGCUGUUGGGAGUAUGUUGUGCAGUGGAACAAGGACCCAGAGGUAAUGGGGCAUUUCAGUGCCUCUUUCCUACCUUACAGGUGCUGUUGCUGUGUGAUGUAAAUAAUGUAAACUAGCAUUAUAUAUAUAUAUAUGUUUGUGUGUGUGUGUGUGCGCGCGCGCAAGACUGACUCAUUGAAGAAAGAAAAAGCUGCUCGGGCCAGUUUCAAGUUAGAAAGCGACUUUACCACUUAUUUUGCAAGAAGGACAAAAUUUGCACUGUGUUUGUAAUGCUCAGCUCAGCUGUCAUAAUUUGUUAGCUGUUUUCACAUUAUCAGCUUCUACAAUGCUAGACUGAACUAUGUGUCUGUGUGUUUUGCAGACUAAAGCAAAUUAGGGCACAUAGCAAUACAGAGUAUAAAGCUGGCUUCUUGGAAGAUAAGGCUGUUGCAUUAGAUCAGGGGCUGGUAAACUUCAUACUUUUUUCAUCUGUUUUGGUAGAUCUUGGGAGUGCUAGUAAAAGAAACAAUCAGAGCCAGAUGCAGAAUGAAAGAACAGGGCGUCUCUCAGCACAUCCUGAGUUUAGGAUUUGUUUUGAGUACCGGAACUGAAAUGAGCGCUCUGCCCGUUCAGACAAAACUCCUCUCCUUAACUUCACCAGCCUAAUGUAGCUGCCUGCUUUUGUUACUAUUGUUAAAUGAUUGGGAAUCAAAGUUUUGCCUUGUCUACUGUAAAUCACUCAGAGAUCAUCUGGUGGAUCCUUAUUGACCCUCUCUCCCACGCUAGACUGAAUUCAGCCAGUCAGAGGAGUUUUCCCAGUGUAGGAUGAUUGAAAAAAGCAGCAGCACCCCAGAUACUCUUGUGCAUCAGGGCACACUGAGACUUCCUUUUGUGCCAUGUUUCUGGGCACAGGUUUGGGCUUUAAUGCUGUGUGUCAGAGUGUUGUUGUUUCCCUGGGAAAACCCACAUUUUAUCGCUGAAUUGGAGCAAACAGCAAUCAAGUUUUCCGCAGACUGCUGUUUGCUCUGAUUCAGGAGUAAAAUGUUGAUUUUCCCAGGGAAAGCACCAGGAAAACACACAUGCGUGCACACACACACACACACACACACACACACAAAUACAAACACUCAGACCUUGGCCUAGAAAACACAGUGCAAAAGGAAGUCCGAAUGAGCCCGAAGAGACAAGUUCACUGUUACUGUGGUUCACAAUAUUUUUAAAAAAGUUAUUUUCAGUCUUCUUAUCUCUCUCCCACAUUCUUAUGCACAGCAUCAGCUGCUUUAAUGUUGUUAUAACUGCUCUCUUAAACCCUGCAGUGACUGCCAGUUAGCUAUUAUUAUUUCUAUCUGAAUAAUCUUUCCAGAACAAAGCUUUUUUGGGGGGGAAACCUACUCUCAGCUUUCUUGUUUGAAAGAAAAAGUGAAAUGCUCCUCUGUGUGUGUACUUGAGUUUCAGCCUGCAAAGCUAAUGUCAUUGAAAAAACAAGUUUGAAAUGUUAGGUCAAGGCUACAAAUUUUGCAACAAGUAGCUUAAGAGGCACCAACUUUCAGCUUAUUUACUUCAUUGCUAUAAUGAGUAUGGGGUUGCUCGUGCGUAAGUUGCCGCCUCUCCUGGCUAUGUUGCCUUGUUAAACCUUUCUGUCUGGACAGCCCUUCAAUUCGUGGCUGCCUCAGUCGCUAGCAGAAUCCGUCAGUGGGCGUUUCUUAAACCUCUUCCAACAUAAAAGUUGUUUGACGCCCAGUCUCCUCCUACUCUCCCUGCGUGGAAGUCUUCUGCGCAGGGAGGGCGUGGGUAGCGGAGGACCCGUGCUCUCCCUGCUGGUGUCCAGUGAAGAGUCCUGGAGCCCUCUCGCCGAUUCCCCCAUCUGCCUCCCUUUAUCCCUGGUGUAACGUUGAUUUGCUUCCCCCUCUGCUGAACUGCCUCUCUCCCUGCUUGGCCCUUCUCCAGCAUCAUUUGAGAGCCUUCCCUCUGCCUCAGGCUCUGAUGUCAGUUCCCUGACAAUUGCAUUGACCAAUUUUAACGCUCUGUUUCUCUCUCUUUAAUACAAGGAAGCACGUUUUCUCAUCAGGUCUAUAGAACAUCUCAGAUGCAUCAAUAAUGCUCAUGUUCAGUAUGGUAAGCAUGAAAGAACUAUUUAAUACUUGAAUAGCACAAGAUUCUGCAUGCUGUCAAUCUGUAGAGGUGGAGUAGAGAUGAUGGAUUCAAAAUUGUAUGCGUGGAAUGUGUGGUUAGGAUUUCACAGCUAUAAUGUUCUUUGUGGCAGCUACUAUGGAAGGAUCAGCUUAUGUAAUUCUCGGGAGACAUUGGCGGAAGUGGUAUUUACUGUUCAAUCAAACUGAUCUAUGGAGGUUUCUCCCUGCAAACUUUGACUGAGAGAAGCUGUUGUUAAAAACUAGUAUAUUCUAUCUAGACGAACAAAUCUUGAGAGAAGUGUGUUGGUCUGGUUUAAGAGGUCAGAACUUCGGUAAAAGAAAGAAAACGUUCAGGCAGUGUCACAGUCCCCCCAAAUCCUUCUUAGAGUUUGCUUACUGAAUCAGUACAGCAUUUAAUGACUUUCCCACUUAAACACCACUGGAAAAAUCUUUCCACCUUCAAAGCAGUAUAAAUAGAGGAAGCUCUUUUCCACCAAAGCAAUCUUCUUUAUUUCACUGAAGCAUUCACAUCAACACUUUUCAAAGACGUUGCAUCCUGUGCAAUGAUAUUCAGUUGUGGCGAUCUGUGAUUAGAACGGACUUUGCUUGUACAACAGGACUUUCUCGUCCUCUCCUCCUUUUAGCUUAGUGCUUCGUGAGAACCCCUCAAAUCUGUUUCAGAGGAUUGGGGGGCAUGGGUGUGUUUGUGUGGGGCACUAGGGAACAACAGCAAGAAGUCGUCUGCUCAUGCAAUGUUGGAUUUCACCCUAUGAAUCUUGCCUGACAAAAAAUAUUUUUGACAUAGCCUUCUACUGUAACUGUUUUAGGAAUUGCUCUGAUGAUGUGGAACACAUUCAUCGUGAAAAGACUUUCUGCUGCUACCUAUUUAAUGGACAAGGUAAAUACUGAAUUAUACUUUCCCCUUUUCUUUUUCUAUGAAGUGGGGGCAACAUUACGGAAAUCAGUUUUAAACUAGGGCACUCAGUUAAAUACAUCAUAGUCCGCUAAUGAUAUGGGUUUGGUGGGCUAAUUUAAUGAUCACAUAAAAACAUAUGUAGAUUUAAACAGUUCUGAAGAACGUCCCCCCUUCUGAGUAGUGCUUGUUGUUGUCUUAGAAGGGACGUUCUCACUUUUCACUCUCCCAUAAGCUGAGAGAAGAUUACUUUUUCAGAAGGCAUAUGCUAUCUGUAAUUUUGCAAGUACUUACCUUAAAAACCCCCUGUUUUUCCAAUAAGUAGGUGCACCUUUUAAAUCAAAAAGUUUUAUGAGACUAACUGGAUAAAUGUUGCAGCUGCAUUUUAAAUACAUUUCUUGCUUAAAAAAAAAAAAGUUAACCAAUUUUGUUUUGCUUGGUUUUAUGAUAAAAUUUGCCAGGGAUUUAGUAUUUCAGGUGUCAGUUGCUUUUGUUGUGUACCGACUGAUUUUCCUGCUGGCCCAACUCUGGGAUUUUGGGUGAGGCCAGGUGCCUUGUGAUUGCACAGCAGUUCACAAAACAGAAUUUGUCCCAGAUGGAAGGGAACCAUUUUUGUGUGUGUGUUGAUCAGACAGAAAGGAAGCUUAAUUUUUUAAAACUCCUGGGCUACCUCCUCUCCUUUGCCUGCAGGGAAUAAUGAGAGGGAGAGGAUCUCUACAUUGACUGAUGGGAGCAAACCCAAUGUAUUGAGUUCUUUGCUUUUACUAAAUGGAUUCUGACACUUAACAAGAAACCAUUUCUUUAAUAGGUUGGAAAAGCACCAAAAGACAGAUUAUGCAGACGGGCAAGUAAUUUUGUUGUUGUUGUUACCAUUUCUGAUUGAAGGCAUGUAUAAAAAUGGCAUAUCUGACAGAACUUGUGUUAACCUGAAUGUGGGUUUCCUGCUGGUUCAGACUUUUAGUUGUGGCCUCCAUCAGGUGAUCUUAGUGGUUUUACCUUGCCUAAGCAUGUGGUUUAAUCCUAACCACAUGCCUGGGAAAAGCUUGUAAAAUGUGGACUGGACAAGGUGGAUUUGUAGUUGGUUGACACAAAGAGUACUCACUAAUGGUUCCUCAUCAUCCUGGAAAAAGUGGGGAGCUGUAGGGUUCUGUCCUGGGCCCGUUGUUGCUCCUGAGGCUGGGACCCAAACCAAUAAGAUUCAAGUUACAAGAAAGGAGCUUCUGACUAAACAUCAGAAAGUACUUUCUGACUGUAAGAGCUGUUUGGCAGUGGAAGGGUGUCCCUUUGGAGGUUGUAGACUCUCCUUCUGUGGAGGCUUUUAAGCAGAGGUUGGGUGACCAUCUUUCAUGUAUGAUCUAGUUGAGAAUUCUGGAUUGCAGGAGGUUGAACUAGAUGACCCUCAGGGUCUCUUCCAACUCUGAUUCUAUGAAAUGUAAGGUUUUUUUUGAAACCAAGGUAACUUUGAACAGUUUUGCACUUCCAUAUUCAUGAUGUUUCUGCAGAAUAAGGGCUCUGCUUUUACCAGCAUUAGGCAAGAGUGAUACUAUGUUCUGAAUAUUUUUCUCCAUAACAAUGUCUUUAUCUCCUUAUAAUUUUAGUGCAGUCUGCUUUCAACAUUGUAUCUAUUUGAGCGGUCUUUUAAUUAAAAUUUUAGCCUAGCCAGGGACAAAUCCACUGAAAGUGAUUGGGAUCAGAUUAAUAUUGAGUACUUUUAUUUGAAUUUAACCUUGAUUUAAGCAGCAAUGUAAACAAAAGUAUUGAUGAAAAAUAAGGGGAAUUAUAUUCUAAGGCACUUGUUGGUCUUUAUCAUUGUUUUACAUAAAAAUCUUCAAUGGGAAGAGCUCUUUUAAAUAUUAGUUAUUACUUGAGUGGGAAAUGUCAUGAACAUUUUGAAUUUUUUUAAAAAGUGUUUUAUUAUUGCUGGUUUUUCUUUUCCUUCAGCGUCCUGUUUAGCACAAGAGUUAAGAUUUUAUUUUUGCUAUAACUCAGUCUCCUCUGUUCCAGAAAACCAGAACUGUUUUUAAAUGUGUGCCGGAAAGAGCACAUUGCACAGGCUAAUGUUGUUUUCUCAAAUAGGAUGUGGGGAUGAGUGACAUGGCAAUGACAUCUUUUCUUGGGUCUUGCUCAGAUCUUCUGCAGACACUAAUGGAGGUAACACCCACCCCCAAACCUUGUUUGUAAUAGAUUAAUAAAGUGGCAUGUUGCAACUCUGUUUCUGUGCAAUAGAGAGGAAUGAAAGCUUCUCUACAACAAAGAGUCCUUGGGUGGGAUUCACCUAGUCCUUUAGGAGAACGUGACCCCAUCCAGGUCAGGCAACCUGUUCCCAAACCUGGGAACCAUUCACCCACAAACCCUCUGGGUAGGACUGAACUAAUGAGUCUCGUCAGCGGAAGCUCUGUGCAAGGGCUCCCCACCCCCCGAAAUUGGCUUGGGAAAGUUGAGAGAACCCCUCUGGUUUUACUGGUUUUAUAUUUUUAUAUCUAUCUAUCAUCUAUCUAUCUAUCUAGGGAUGCGGGUGGCGCUGUGGGUUAAACCACAGAGCCUAGGACUCGCCGAUCAGAAGGUCGGCGGUUUGAAUCACUGCGACGGGGUGAGCUCCCAUUGCUUGGUCCCUGCUCCUGCAAACCUAGCAGUUCAAAAGCAUGUCAAAAUGCAAGUAGAUAAAUAGGUACCGCUCCGGUGGGAAGGUAAACGGCAUUUCCGUGCGCUGCUCUGGUUUGCCAGAAGCGGCUUAGUCAUGCUGCCCACAUGACCCAGAAGCUGUACGCCGGCUCCCUCAGCCAAUAAAGCGAGAUGAGGACCGCAACCCCAGAGUCGGCCGCGACUGGACCUAAUGGUCAGGGGUCCCUUUACCUUUAUCUAUCAAACAUCUGUCUGUCUGUCUAUCUAUCUAUCUAUUGGUGUGUGUGUGUGUGUGUUUAGUUUUAACUCUAUCAAUGUUUCUUCUUCUUCAUCAUCAUCAUCAUAGCAGCCCAGGGAGGGAGGAGAGGUGGGGGGGUCAUUCCAUCCAGGAAGCUGCAAUGCUUAUGCAGAUGGAAUGACCAGAUGACCGAGAUGUUGAAUUCCACCCCAUGUUAUCUUUUUGUAGGAAAUGUUAAUGAGCAAGUCCUUAAAGACUUUGGUGUCCAUGUAACACAACAGAUUUCAAGCCAGAAAGUACAGUAGCUUUGAGUGAAUGUGUACUCAUUUUGACAUUAUCCCUUUGCAACACUGGUUUUGCUGCGCAGAUUUCUUCUUUUUGCACCUUCAGCCGCGACCCCCUCCCCACCUACUAGUGUUGAAAACAUCUCAUUGAGGAUGAAAUUACAGUGACAUUUCAGGUGCCAAUGCUUUCCCCUGCUUUUCUGCAGGCUGAUAUAGGGAGUGAUGAAAUGCAGCUUCCUGUGCUGGACACAGAAGACGCCUGGGUGUCAGUGGAAGGGCAGACCUCCCUUGUGGAACUAGCCCUUGAGCAGAAGCACAUCCAUUACCCCCUCGUGGAGCACCAGUCUGUGCUCUGUAGUAUCUUGUAUGCAAUCAUGAAGUUUUCGCUGAAGAGUGUGAAGCCUCUCUCGCUGUUUGACAGCAAGGUACGUACAUUAUAAAAGAGUUGCUGAUGAGUCGAAAUCAGACAAGUUGCUGAAAAAAAUGUAUAUUUUACAUAUUUAGGGCAGGAGUGAGCAGUUUGGAAGACUAGAGUUCAAAUCCAGAUGGCAGCCACUCAUUCCCCCCUGAAAAGUUGCUCCAGAUCCAGUAUCUCUAGUGGCAUUUAAUUUGGCUCAAAUUUGGAUUUUUGGAACCACAUGGGGUUGUAUCCAGUGAAGUCAUUGAGCUCAUUCAAGGAUGUCUGCUUUCACAAUGGAACUUCUUCUCCCUCCCCCCCCCGAACAUAUUUUUUUUUGUGGGGGGGAGUCUGUUCCACAAGUGGAAGUGCUUGCGCAAAUGGGAUGAUUUCGUUUUAUGCAACCCAUUGGCUUCUUUUAGUCCUGUCUCCUGUAUUUUGUACCAUCAACCAACACUGCAUUCAGGGCCACAUCACAUUGGAAAAUUCCAAAUAGCAAUUACUACAUUUUUCGCUCUAUAAGACGCACCUUUCCCCUCCUAAAAAGUAAGGAUCGCUGCGCUGCGAUCCCGCUGGCUGUCCUGGCUUCUGGCUUUGCCGUGGGCAGCCUCUCCCAGUCAGGGGAUGAAGGCUCCCCUUGCUCGGGAGAGGCUGCGUGUGGCUAUCCCAUAAGCCAGGACAGCCAACGGGAUCACUGUGCAGCGAUCCUGCUGGCUGUCCUGGCUUCUGGGAUUCAGAAUAUUUUUUUUCUUGUUUUCCUCUUCCAAAAACUAGGUGCGUCUUAUGGUCUGGUGCGUCUUAUAGAGCAAAAACACGGUAAUACUCAACCUAUCUGUGAAUUAUGUAUGUGAACUGGCCAAAUGAGUGCCCCCCCUUAACGUACAUGUGUUAGGAAGCUGCAGAUGGCUAUAUCAUUGUGCAACUUUACUAUAACUCACAAAUGUUUUCCCUCUUGAUGUCAGUUCCUUGGACUUUGAACACCAUCUUUCUCUGAGACAAUAACUAUAAUUUGUUAUUAACUGAUGCUUUUCUUUCCAAAUUCCUCCAUGAUUUUAAAAGGAUAUUGUUUUUUCCCUCUGUGCAGGGUAAAAAUGCCUUUUUCAAAGACCUUACUUCAAUCCAGUUGUUGCCCAGCGGUGAUGUGGAUCCAGCUCUGCUGUCUAUACGUCAUCAAGUUAGUUAAAACCUUGGGGGAAAUGAGUGACAGUUGUAUGUUUUGUCAAACUGAACUGCUACUGAUGUGGCCGUCUUGUUUCCUUUGCAGUUCUUAACCAAACUGGUGAGUGCCGUGGCACAAGCCCAGUCUUCAUCUCAGAAAACAAAAGACAGCCCCGAAGAGUUAGUCGCCGUGUCUGUGAAAGACAGAGAUUGGCCAGCCUUGGCUUUGGAUUUGGCUCAGCACCUUCAGGUCGCGGAGGAUAUAAUUAGGCGGCACUAUGUGUGUGAGCUGUACAACUAUGGCCUUGAUCACCUUGGAGAAGAGGUAAAAAAGGAAGUUAAUGUGUAGCCUGUGUCAGAGGGCAACCAUUCCUCACAAGUACCGUAUUUUUCCGUGUAUAAGACUCUGUUUCCCCCCCGAAAAAAGUAAUGUCCAAAAUUUGGGGGCGUCAUACACAGAUAGAUCUUUCCUCAUUUUCUUAAAUCGGAGUCCCCCAAAAUAGGGGGCAUCUUAUACAUGGGGGAAUAUUAUAGACGGAAAAAUACGGUACUUAGCUAGGUCUCCUGACUGAUCCUCAUGCUGUGGCUAUGGGUUAAGCUUGUGACAUAAUGUUAUUUCCUUCUGUUGAAUUGGCAUUUGGGAAGCGAGUCUUAAAAAAUGUUGUUCCUCCCUCUUAGGCAGCCUUUAUCCACCCUACAUCCCACCUUGGUCAAAUAUGCCAUCAGGGGAGAAGGGUCCUUUGGACUUACCUGAAGGGUGUUUCUACACGAUGAAAGACUGGGCCAGGACCACAUCCUAUGUGGAUGCUUUUGGCUGUCCGUCUUAAGAUCUCAAGUUUAAUGGGUAGUCUGUUUUUGAAAUUCCUAGGAUCUGUUGUUGUCUGCAUUGCAGGUGUGUUUCAUUUUUUGUUUGUGCAUCCUGUAUUUGCUUACACCUCAGCUUGGCAAAACUUGGCUGGUUGAAAGUUUCCUGAAAGGCAACUAGGUUACUGCUCAAAAGCAAUAGGUGGAGCUAAACCCACCUGGGCCCGGUAUGGCAUCACACAGAAACACCCUUCAGGCAAGUCCAACAGAGGCUGGAUAGCAUGAGACUCUUAAUUCCAGGGUUGUGGGUUCAAGCCCCAUGUUGGGUGAAAGAUUCCUGCACUGCUUUGUUCAAAUGACUAGAUACUUGUGGCCUCUUCCAACUCUACAAUUCUGUGAUCAGACCCUUCUAAAUUGGUUUAAUCCAGUGGUGUCCAAACUUUUUUCAAAGAGGGCCAGAUUUGAUGAAGUGAAGGGCCGUGAGGGCCGAGCAAAGUUGUUAACCUUUCUUUAAGGUUGAAGUUGUUGAGGUUUUUUUUAGGAUUUCACCCCAGGACCAGGAAACAAACUGCCACAGGGGCCAGAUUAUACUGACCAGCGGCCAGAUUAGGCCCCAAAAUGAACUUUGGACAUGCCUGGACUUUAAUCAUUGCCAAUCUUGUUUUGAGGACAGUCAUUUCCUGAAGUUCCUGAACACUGAAGUUCUGCUCUUAAUAUACCAGUGCUGCUCUUCUUUUUAUAUGAUUGUGUUAACAUGUCCUGUAAUAUUCAGGCUAUUCUUCAAGUACACGACAAAGAAGUCCUUGCAUCUCAGCUGUUGGUGCUGACCGGACAGAGGCUUGCCUACGCCUUACUGCAUACCCAGACCAAGGAAGGCAUGGAGCUACUGGCCAGGCUGCCUCCAACACUCUGCACAUGGCUUAAAGCUAUGGUAAUGUCCUUUGACUAAAAGCAUAUUUUUACCUCAAAUAGCACAAGAAGGAAGAGCCUUUAAGAUUUGACCAAGCCCAUAAGUUUAUUAAGUGCUUCAUACUAUGUUGUUGGCAUCUGUCUGUCUCGAGGGACAAUGAGUGCACCUAAGGGGGUGAAGUCAAACCGUGUUAGCAGCACUGAAGUGAUCUGUCUGGAGCACAAGCCUGGGCAGUGUGUAUGGAGGUCUUUGGCUGCUCAGAUGACAAGAUGCCCCUUGGCCUCAUUGAUGUGGUCCAAAGGAAAGCAGAGCAAUACAUUUGGCACCAGAUUGGCUGCAGGAGUUGCUGAAAGGAGGCAUACAAGGCACCAUCCAACUAUCUUGGGGACUCCAUUCUGGAUUUGUGUAGGGUUUACUCCUUAGCCUUUUCUUCUCUUGAAGAUACCCUGCAAGGCAGUGGUUUACGAUCAGAGUUUUCCUUCUUUUAGGGCUACCUUCCCAGGUUGACAAGCCUCAUUUGCCCCUUAGUGCUUCAUACACUUGGUAUAAAAAAAUAUAAAUGUCUAGAGAAGCAUUUCACAUCUGAAAGUUUCCAAAGUGAGGCAGUCUCUGCUCUAAGCAGUGGGUUAAUAUGCAUGAAUAAUUUCUGACUAAGAUUCGUACUUGAGGUGACUCCUGUGUCUUAUAUGACUGUUAAUCUUUAGCCAGAGUGUGCCAUGUGGCAUGGAAUCUGGACUCUACUGCAGAUCUGGCUACAAAGACAUGCCUGGCAUUGUACCUCAUGUAGUGGGGAUCAGAUGACUCCAGGAAGUCUUUGCUGUCACUGCCCUCCUCCCCUUCUUAAAAACAAAACACAGUAAAUUUUAACUUGGAAGUUAAUGCCUGCCUGGUUCAGCAGGGCUCCUUAUAAUUGCAGUCUAAAUAACGGAAUUUGCUCACAAAGCAUAGUAAGUAGGACCAACCCUGGGCAUAAGGUGGUUGUAUCUCUCUAGGAUUAGCAGCCAUUUGAACAAACAAGAAUGGCCUUAGAGCAGGAGCACACUACCUUAUUUGAUGUUAGUAUUUCAGUAUACAGAUGUACUACAACAGGGCUUUUGUAUGCCACUCUCCUGACUCAGCUGUGCAGGUAGGAACAAAACCACUGUAAUACAGUGCCUCUGCUGCUCAGCCAGAUCAGUCAGGCCAGGUAUCAAAAGCUGUUGAAAGAUCAAGGAAGAAUAACAGGGCUGCACUCCCUCUGUCCCUUCUUGGAUAUAGGUGGACCUAACUUACUUGUGUUCAUUAAUUUCUAUGGAUCUACUCCAAGUACCUCUUACUUGAACGCUACCCAAUAACCACCACUCGCCCUGGGUAUGCAAAGAGUGAACUUAAUCCUAUUUGUGACUAAACCAAGUACAUACAUUAUUAUUACUUUCAUUAAUUAUAAAAUUUAUAUAGAGUCCUUCAUCCGAGGAUCACAAUAUAAAAACACAAAAAUGCACGUCAUAAUAACAAAAGAAAACAAUCCUGCCCCCUGGUCAAAAUCUCAGAAAGAAGGAGGAAAGGGGGUGCCCUUGUCCAGCUUCUAGGUGAUGACCUCUUUGUGGCCCACCAGAACAACCAGGCAGCUCUGCUCUUCUGGUUGUAGCGGUUGAAGAUCAGCCAGCUGGUUGUGCAAUGCCAGAUGUAACAAAUCAGCCAUGAAUCAAAGUUGCUGCUGAAGCCAUGGCCAUUGAUGUUCUUAGCUAAUGGUGGAUUAAAGCAACAGGUUUGCCAGUGGGUAAGAGGGGCACUGGAGGCAGAGGUUCAGAGCUCUGUUCCCUAUAUGUAUUCUCUUUCUCACUGGCAGCCACAGACAUCAUCAGCACUGUCCACCACCUGACCACAAGAGGGUCAUGGUUUCCCUUCUGCCACGGAGUAGUCUGUGUUACAGUGAUCUUCACAAACACUGAGGUUUCCUUACGGCAGCUAAGUAGGGACUUGUGGCUGCACCCCUUGCAUCCAGACACCAGUGUUGCUUUUGUGGAGUAUGCAAAUAGGCAAGGACCAGGCUCAUUGCUUUAGAAUACAAUUAUGUGUUUCUGGAGAAAAUAACCCACAAAAUUGGAAGGUGCCUAAUAAGCAUUUAAGUGAAAAUCCUGCAUUUCCGUUGCCUGGUGCUGUAGCUUGAAAAUUGCUUUUAUAGGCGAAUGCCUGACGACUUGUGUUUCCCCUCCCCUUUCUCUACAGGACCCACAGGAUCUUCAAAAUGUAGAUGUGCCAAUCACCACAACCGCAAAGCUAGUAGACAAAGUGAUAGAACACUUACCGGAAAACCACGGGCAGUAUAGUGUUGCCUUGAAUCUAAUUGAGGCAGUGGAAGCAAUGUCAUGAUGGCAAGGUCACAAUUUCUGCUGCUAGUUUUGAACCGUUCUUAUGUACAAGUCCAGUGCAUGGCUCUUGUAUGUAAAGAUGAAGAACCACCUAGUGGGAAAUGGUUUCAAGUGACUUUUGUAAACUAACCCUUUUAAGGCUUUUAGGAGAUGCUACCCAUGUGAAGUUCUACCUUACUGUGGUGGGUAACACCAGUAACCUAUCAUCUUUGUAUAUUUGUCUAUAUAACCUUAAAUAUUUAUUUCUAACUUGAAGCACUUGCGUAGUAGUUCAGGUUUAAUAACAGCUUUGUCGUCCAGAUUAACAUAUUAGAGUUUUUCAUGUGCUAGAAAAUCAACUGCUGCAUUUUAAAUGUUAAAUUGAGAGGAAUUUAAUUAGAAGCUGAGAAAGCAGGAGCUCCUACGUGUAUGUUGCUUCUGGUUUUCAGAGUAGUCUCUUGGCUGCUUUUAGCAAGGAGCUAGCUGGGUGGAGGCUUACAGCAUUAAAUAAUUACUUCAUACAAUCAUCAUGCUUGGACAACUGGGCAAGGGGCAGCUCAUUCUUAAAAAGAUUGUUCCAUUGGGAGGGCAGAGUGCACAAGUUAAUUUCAAAAUCUUGAAACAGAAGCUGCCUCUUGGAUGUUCUGAUAAAGUCUCAGAAAUAAAAUUAGGAAUCUAAUUUAAGCCAAUCAGGUUCUGUAGAAGCAUUAGUCUUUUUGUAACAUUGAUUGUUGUACAGUUUAUUGUAAAAAUAUUGUAAAUUGUCUAGCCCCUAGGUUCCCUGUGUUGAAAUUUCAGCUUUCUGUACACAGCUGUCCAAUAUAUGAAGUAUUAAAAAUAAACUAGUCAUUCUUCUCUGGUGUGCAUUGGUCUUAUGAGGUACGAACACAUAUCUGGGUCUUUGAAUCACAGAUUUCCAGUGGAUGCAAUAGGAAUAGUUUGGAUCUUGUAGGGCAGAAGGCAGAAAUCAACCUGUAAAGGAGGGAAUGUAGUUGCUGUUCAAUUUGCAGCAGGGUUUGUGGGCAGCAGUCUAUAGAUCUAAGGAUAUAACAUGAUCACU